CCCUCCCUCUCCCCGCGCUCUCGCGUUGGCUGCCGGGAUCGCUGGCCGCUUUGGUUAAUGUCCGCCAUGUUUGCCAUGGCGCAGGGAGAGGAUCGAGCGAGCCCGGCGCGGACCUAGGGCUGCGGGCGGCUCUUCGGCGGAGCUGUUCCGGGGCGGCAGGGCUCUCCAUGGUGUGUCGGGCCGGGUCCGGGAGCGGCUGGGAGGCGGCGGCGGCGAGGCCGUAGUGAGGGGGUCCCCCCUCACACACACUCCCCCCCAGCCCGGCCCCGGGGUGUUAUUGUGAGGGGGAGACAAUGAGCAAACUCUCCUUCCGAGCUCGGGCGCUAGACGCCGCCAAACCGCUGCCCAUCUACCGCGGCAAGGAUAUGCCCGACCUCAAUGACUGCGUCUCCAUCAACCGCGCCGUGCCGCAGAUGCCGACUGGCAUGGAGAAGGAGGAGGAAUCGGUAAGGGAGUCGCGCAAGUGGGGGGGGGCACCAUUGUUUAUCAGACAUCUCCACCCCCCCUCCCCUCACGGGAAAUAGGCCAUUGGCAUUCACCAAGCGCCGCUACGCACGCUCGCCGCCGCAGCGGCGCACGCUCCCUAUGGGGUCCUGCGUAAACAGCGCAGCGUAAACUCUCCUCCGGCGCCGUAAGCGGGGCCUUGCUCCGCCAUCUUCUUUGCGUCCCCAGGACUCGCGAAGUGUUUUGAUUAAGGAGGGGCGGGGAGAGUGAGAGGGGAAGGCUCUUACGCUGGCGGAAGGGAAGGGAAGCGCAAAAGGCGUCCUUGAAUGGGAGAGUGUGCGCGCCGGCCGUUUUUGUCGGAGCUUGUCUUCUGCUGCUGCUGUUUGGUCUUCAGUUUCUGUGCAUUAGGCGGGCUUGGGCUUAAAACGGCAGCCGCUCCUAGAGUUUCCCAUAUGCUUCCUUGCUUUUGACGGAGUGUCUUUAUUCCAGGGCAUCAGACCUCCCUUAUAGCAGAUACUGUUUCGUACACAUUCGCAGCUGGCUGCUCUCGUAGCAGCACAGCGAGGGAUGGCAGCGCUGUAUCUGGCUGGGUAAAUAGCAGAGAUGUACGUUAGGGGAAAGGAAGCAGGGUCCUGCUUCCGUUUGAGUUUAAUGAAAUAGUGAUGUGCUUAGCUCGCAGGGAAUGGACCAUAUUCCAAGACUCGGAAGCUGUCAUAUUAUUUUGACAGCCCGCACUUCUGCAUCCAAGUGGGGCUUAACGCUGCCAGUUUGCUUUGGCUAACCUGUGAGCCGUGCAGAACAAAAACACGGGAUUUUUAUGGUUUACGUUAAUCUGUGUGAUCCAGCACUGUUCCGUUAUAUUUUGAUUUGUUUCUGUUGCCAAAACAACACUGACAGCACAAUCCAGUACAUGCAUAUACUCAGAAGCAACUACCACUGAGUUCAAUGGGGCUUACUGCUAAAUAAAUGUGUAUAGAAUUGUAAUUGAGACUUAAUGAUUCACAACAGAAGUGUCUGCAAGUGACCACUAAUGUUGGAAAUGAUGACAGUUGUUUGUAGUGGUUGAAUGUAUGUAAUGGGCUGCAGGUGUGAAAUACCAGCUUUCUGUUAGUUCACAUCUCUAUUAGGUUGUGAUAGUUUGAUUUAAUUCAUUGUUAUGAUUUCAAUUAAAUGUUAAGGUUGCUUUUGUAGUAUAGGUAUAAUUCUUUGCUGUAUGUUAUAGAUAAGACACCUGCUGUCUGUAUUAUUUGUGUUUCUUGAGCAAACCUGCUGAAUUAGUUGUCUUAAAAGCUGGAGUUGCAUAUUGUUCUGUGUACAAGCUGCCCCUCUAAAGUGGCUGUGCUUGCAUGCAGAGCUGAUAGUAAAUGCAUCCUCAGAAAUUUCUUCAAUGAAACGAUUUCUCCGCCUCAUUGCCAGCCCACUGUGUGUUGGAUUGGUUGUGACUGUUAGAAGAAGGUCGCACACUUUGUGAUUGGCUUCCUUGUUUGACUGUUAAAACAGAGAGGCAUCUUUGUAAUCAUUGGUAACUCAUGAUUAUGACCUCAUUGUAUUUUUUUGCAUUAUAAUUUAUAAUAUAUUGAGUAUUGUUAAUACUUCAACUGUCUUAACCCUUUUAGGAAGUGCAUUAAUGCAAAUGUGUAUUUUUAAAGCAAACUAUAAUGUAGUUUAUAUUUACUAAUUUAACUGCUUUUUUCCAGUAGCUGUUUAGUGUAAAAGAGAUCAGAUUUAUAUCGUUUCAGGCAACUUACACUUUGUAGAGAGUGGAAUUAAUAUUCUUUUUUAAAUCUGGUUAUUAAAUUUUGCAAAUUUUGUGUAUAAUUUUAAUAAAAACAUUUUAAAUGAUUCCAACAUAUACAACCUUUAUUAAUGGUUGUUUUGAAAAGCAGUCAUAAUUUACAGUUAAAUAUGAAAUAUGUCUCUUGAAAACAAAAUUCGCUAGUCUCUUUCGGACAUUCUCACAGAUAGGUUAGGUUGAAGCCUUGCUGUACAAUCAUGUGCAUGUUUAGCCAGAACUAAGUCCCACCGUGUCCAGUGUCUUACUUCCUAGUACGGCUCUAUGACCCACAGUGUCUUUUGUGCAGAUAUCUGGCCCACUUAGACUGCCACUUAAAAUAUAUAUAUCUCCUUUCAGCCACAUUUGUGAGGAAGGCAACUAAUAAAUAUGAAUAAUAUUAAUGUUCUAAUGCAAUCCUAUGCACACUUACUUGGUUUUAACAUUGAAAGCAAUGGGCCUUAUUUGAGUAGACAUUUAUAGGAUUGCAUAGUUAGUAAGCUUCAAGCCCAAUGCUAGCCAUGCUUACUAAGAAAUCACAUUGAUAUCAGUGGGAUUAACUUUGAAACAAAUAUUUAAUUUAUACAUUUACAUAUUCUUCUGAUGAACUCCACAAAGAGGUUUACAUACAUCAGGAAUUCCCAAACUGGCCUGCGGACCAUCCAGUCACUUGUGAGCUUCAUUCAUGUGGUCCACAGCUUGUCUGGAUUUGUGGCUAAAGACAAGAGAUGGCAUAUUCAUUGCAUUAAAUAGUCAUGCUGAUUUUUAAUUGUCUUUUAUUUAGUAUUGUAGUUAUUAUAAAAUAUAUAAGAAGCAAUAAAUAUACAAAUAAAAAUCAUAAAGCAUCUUGGACAGUGCAUCAUUAAAAAUCAUUAAAUAGUCCACUAAGACCCUUCAGUUUUCAAAUGAUCCAUGAGGGGGAAAAGUUUGGAAACCACUGACAUAAUUAAACCCUCAGUAUAUCUUGAUACCUACUCUUUUGUGAGGGUUCCUCUGUACAUGCCUGCCAUUUCUGAUCUGGUAUCCUAUGCCAUUCUCAAUACUUCCCCAUGAAAUUGUUGACAGAAAAACCUGGCACUGGUUGACUGUUUUUCAUUGGGACCUUUCCCAUUGAGCUUCUGUGCUGGGCUACAGAUGCAAGUCUGGUGCUGGGUUCUGUCUCCAUAGAGAGGAAGUGGCUCAAACAGAAGAAAGGGCUCCUUGGACAAGAUGGGAACCAACCAUUCUUAGCCUAUACCAGGCAUAGGCAAACUCAGCCCUCCAGAUGUUUUGGGACUACAACUCCCAUCAUCCCUGACCACUGGUCCUGUUAGCUAGGGAUGGUGGGAGUUGUAGUCCGAAAACAUCUGGAGGGCCAGGUUUGCCUAUGCCUGGCCCAGACCAAGCUUAGUUAUUAAAGAUGCACCAGGUCCAGUGUGCAUACUCCCUCCUAUGGAGUGGCCACCAAAAAAGCCUGACCCUGGACUUCUCUUUCUUUGGAACGCAGAUAUUUUUGGCUCAAGGUGCUGUCUCUUCCUCUUUGCAGUAGUUCCAGUUGACAAAAGGGGUUUGAGGAUACAGUAUCCAUCCUUAAAAUGGUAUCCUUGCCAUUUCUAUAGCCCUAUUGAACAUGCAAGAGGUAAAAGUGGGGGAGGGACUGGAGUGCACACGCAAGUUCUGCCGCAGUGCCCCUGCAUGGCAGGCUCUUCAGACAGUCACACGUUCAGCAUAAACAUCUGAAGGAAGUUCUAUGUGUGUUUGGUUGAAUAAGGCAGGAUUUCCAAUUUUGGGGAAGCUUCUAGACAUGUUCAAAUGAACAUGCUUAGAUUUUUUCUUCCAGACUGUCUUGCUUGAUGUUGAUGCUGGGGUGAUGAUUAUGUGUGUUUGCCUAUCUGCUCCCCUUUUAGAAUAGGACUUCUUACUAAGCCUUAUUCAAACUUGUCUUCCCAGAUGUUGUUUGACUCCAAUUCGGAACACCCGUAGCCUGCGUAGCCAAUGGUCAAGGAGGGUGGGAUUUGUAGUCCAACAGGAUCUGGAGACUCAAGAAGGCUGUUCUAACUUUAAAUAAAUUGAAUUUCACUGCAUUCACAUCCUCUUUGUUGCUCUCUAUUUCUGUUUGAGAAAAACAUAAAGGCUACUAUGGCAGAUUACAAGUGGGUCUCUCUGAUGUAAUAGGGUGGGUAUAUACAUGCGGUGAGGCAUUAUAAAGUAACCUCAAUUUUAUUUCCUUCAUGCAGUUGUACGUGGAAAACAUUUUAGUCACAUUUCAGUCAGUUUUGCUUGUAAUUGCCAUUGAUGAUAAUGAAUACAGUGCUUCUAGAAAUGGACCAGAGAUCUUAAAGUAGUGUGGGUUGACAGAGUUUAUGACUAGACUGGGUAUACUCUUGUUCUUUAAAGUAGGGAAUGACUUCUGCGGCAAGGUAACCCAAAUUACAUUGUUUGAACCGAUUCUACAACUGGCUUGGCAGGAUCAGGGUACUGAUUAAUCUUAUUAAAUGGUGGACCCCUAAUAAAGAGGUGCUCUAUCUCUCUUCUCCCCCUGCCUGGUGUAAAUAACUAUUUUAUUUUUUAGUUAGUACUUGCAUAGCUUUUUUAGGGAUCAGUUCUGCUGGUACAGAAUCACAGAAACAUGAAGUGGAAUAGAUGUAACUUUGUAGUGUUGCUUAUGAUUGUAAGGUAUAAGUGGAACAUGACAAUAGUGCCACUUGAGUAGCUACAAUAAUUAGAUGCAGUUCCACUCAAAUAGAAUUAGUACAUCAUCUUUUCUGCUCUAGGUGGUCACUGGUGGAGGGCUGGACUGUGAGGCCCUAGAAUUUAGCUCUAUGGUCCAGCCUUUAGCUGCACCACUCUGGUUAUAAAGGCAGCGUUAAUUUUGAUGAUAUCAAUGCAUACAUGUUUUAAAAUCUAAUUUAUGCAUAAAGCACGAGAGACUGCUGUGCAUUAAAUAGUAGAUUAAAAAAUAUUUUACUAAGCUUCGUUUUCUUUUUUUUUUAAAAAAAAACUACUAGCACAUUUCACAUACCACAUAUAAUCAUCACCAUUCUUAGCAGUUCUGCAGCUAUCAGAAUGAAAAACUUCUUUAAAAAUGUUAGGAGGUGGUAUUCUGUACUUAGUAACAGUGCACUUCUAGCCAUGUCCACUCAGAGGUAAGUGAUGUUGAAUUUGAUGGGCUACUCCCAGAUAAGUUUGCAGCCUAAAGCUGGUGGGGACCCUGGGGCCCUUCAGCUGCUGCUGGACUAACAAUCCCAUCAUCUCGCUCAUUGGCCAUGCAGGCUGAGUUGAUGAGAGUUGUAGUCCAGCAACAUCUGGAGGGUCUAAGGUUCCCCAGCCCUGCCUAAAGCCUUAUAACACAAGCCUUUUCAUGGUAUUUACCAGCAGCAUGGCAGAAUCCUAAAUUAUUAACAUACAAUGAAAAUUUACAGAAAUGUACUUGCAGCUUGGUAGUUUUGCUGUGAACUCAACAAGAAGUCACAGCCUAAACCAAGGGUCAGCAAACUUUUUCAGCAAGAGGGUGGUCCGCUGUCCAUCAGACCUUGUGGGGGGCCAGACUAUAUUUUUUUUUGGGGGGGGAAUAAUGAACGAAUUUCUAUGCCCCACAAAUAACCCAGAGAUGCAUUUUAAAUAAAAGGACACAUUCUACUCAUGUAAAAACACACUGAUCCCCAGACUUUCCACGGGCCAGAUUUAGAAGGCGAUUGGGCCGGAUCCGGUCCCCAGGCCUUAGUUUUUCUACCCAUGGCCUAAACCUAUACAGUGGUACCUCGGGUUAAAUACUUAAUUCGUUCCGGAGGUCCGUUCUUAACCUGAAACUGUUCUUAACCUGAAGCACCACUUUAGCUAAUGGGGCCUCGCGCUGCCGCCCUGCCGCUGGAACACGAUUUCUGUUCUCAUCCUGAAGCAAAGUUCUUAACCUGAGGUAUUAUUUCUGGGUUAGCGGAGCCUGUAACCUGAAGUGUAUGUAACCCGAGGUACCACUGUAUUCUAUUGUCUUUGCUAACGCAAACUGAAGAUAGCUGUGUAAGUUUCUUAAGCUAAUAAAUAAUGGAAUUUACACACUUUGAAAUCAAGUUUUAGUUCAGUUUGAGCUACACAAAAUGCUGUGUUCGGAUAUUCUGAAAAGGUUUUCGGAGUGUGAACACAGCCCAAAGACAGGAAGUAUCAACACACCUGUCAUAAAUGCACUGCUUUCCAGUAGACAGCCACAUGAAUGUUUCCAUCCAUUUGUUUGCCUCCCUUGUUGGGACAGUUGUUGAUGGGAAAUGGUGCCUCUUACUGUGGCCAUAGUCAGAUGUUGUUUCCUCCCCAGGGUUUGCAUUCCACUUGGAGGGUUUUAGAGUGUGUGAAACAGCCCAAGUGACGUCAGCUUUCUAGAACUUGGUCUUUUGAUUUAGCCUAAUGGGAAUGCAACAACAGUGACUGAAUUUAAUCAGUUCAGUGGAUUACGUAAAAAAAUUUCCUCUUUAGUUUGAGCAAAGGAAAGAGACAACACUUGACACAGAUGCACUUAAAGUAAAAGUAAGUGCAUCUUGGAGUAUCAUAGAAUUGUAGAGUUGAAACUUGGAGGGGACCCCCAAGGGUAAUCUAGUCCAACCCCCUGCAAUGCAGGAAUCUGAACACUCCGUCCCCACCCAGUUUGAAACCAUACCGGACCUUGCUUGGCUUUGUAACUGUGAUAGUUUCAGCCCAGUCCUGUGCAUGUUUCCUCAUAAUUAAGUCCCAGUGUGUUUAAUGGGAUAUAUUGUCCAAUAGAUUUGCAGAUGAUUGCAGCAGUGACCAUGGAGCUAUCAAGAAGAAAGAUGACUUUUGAUUUACUAACAAUGCAAUUCUAGAUAUGUCUGCUCAGAAGUAAUCCCCACUGAGUUCAGUGGAAGGUGAGUGAGCAUAGGAUUGCAUUGUUAAUGUUGAUGAGGAUCUGCUGUGAGACCUAAGCAUUGCCAAACCAUUUGGAUACUGUGGCCAUAGUAGUAUCAUAUUUAACUUCAGUGCAAAUUGAGAAUUUUCCAGAAGACCUAAUGCAGUCAGUCCUUUUAAUCUUAAAGGGUAAAUUUUCUUAAAAUAAAGGUGGGGGUGGGAAGCACAAACUCAGGCAUAUGAAGGGUAAUUGAUGGUAAAGUAAACCAUUAUUGAGCAAGUCAAAUGCCAUGAUUUUGUAAAAAGAAAUAUACAUGAGCAUGUACAUCCAGGUGCAUUUCCACAUGUGUGCAAGCUAGUUUAUAUGUGUGUAAGCUAGCUUGCACACAUGUGGAAAUGCACCUGGAUGUACAUGCUCAUCCAAGCUCUGUUUAACUGUCUUGAUAUGAAGUGUGUUGUGAAUGAGGAUACAAAGUCAUAGCCACCAGUUAUUACAUGUUACUAGUUGCAGCCAAACUCUUUGAUGCUAGUAUUCUUACUGUUAUCUUAUGAUAUGAACCAAAUUUUGAUAUUAAUAUGAAAUAAAAAUAUUUUUUUAAUAGUCUGAAACAGGAAAUCAGUCACACAGCCAAUGGGACUAUUAGAUAGCUAUUGGGGGGAAAGAAGUAUUGAAAGAUGACAGGGAGACUCUAUAGAAGCUAAAUGAACUAUUUACACCAAUUUUCAUUGUAGAAGAAUUGAUGGUUUUGAGGAAAUGAUUUUGAAGACUCAAGUGGAGCGACACAAGAUUUUGAGACAAAAACAGUUGGGAACCUUUGGCUGUACAUGAACCACAUUUCCUAUCAUGCUUGCCCGUGUAAACUGAUAGUACUGCAAAGGACAGAAAUGUAAUGUAAUGUUAUGUUGUUAUGUUAUGUUAUGUUAUGUUAUGUUAGAUGACACAGAAUUAUUCUUUUUUUUCUGCAACAGAAAAUAUUGCUUCACUAGAUUUUAGAUAAUUUUUAGAUAGUGUCAGUAGACGUGAAAUUAGAAUGAUUUGGUAGAUAAAGGCUAAAUUUGGAUUUAAAUAUAUUUUGAAAAAUUACAGAUUUUCUAAGCAAUUUUUAUCAGUAACUGCUUAAAAAGGGAGUUGAAUAAAUCAACAGGUGGUUUGCAUUAAAGGGAAGUUAACAAUGGAGUUCCCCAAGAAUCUUAAUUUGGAAUAAUUCUGGUUAUUAAUCAGUGAACUGGAGUAGGGUGAAAUAAAUAUAAUUUAUUGAUUGCACAGAAUUAUUCAGGAUGUGCAGGCUGUGGAGAACUCCCAAACGACCUUUUCAAACUGGUUGACUAGGAACCAACUAGUACAUUAGAUUCAAUGUAACCUUGAGCACAUUAAACAAAUAAAUAAACCAAAAUAAUGUCUCAUAAACUGAGGAUGUCAAAAGUGGCUGUAACUGUUGAGGAAAGAGAUCUUGGAGUCACAGUAGAAAGCUUACUGAAAAUGCCAAAUCUUUGCCAGUGGUGGUACAAAGGACUGAGGAUCUUAGUAUGCUUUCUGUAUUUGAACAAGCAUUCUUCUGUAGACUGCGAUUUCCAAAUUUCUCUUAUUCCAGAUGGGCCUCUUAUAUUGAAUUCUUUGCCCAAAGUGUCAUUUCUGCUUUGGGGCUGGUUGUACUGUUGGUAGUAACUAGAUCUUUGUUCCUAGAACAACUUCCUGAGCUAGGAAGUGUUUCCAAGUAUAUAAACCAUGGGUAAGCAAACUAAGGCCCGGGGACCGAAUGCGGCCCAAUCGCCUUCUAAAUCCGGCCCAUGGACGGUCUGGGAAUCAGCGUGUUUUUACAUGAGUAGAAUGUGUGCUUUUAUUUAAAAUGCAUCUCUGGGUUAUUUGUGGGGCAUAGGAAUUCGUUCAUUUUUUUCUUCAAAAUAUAGUCCAGCCCACUACAAGGUCUGAGGGACAGUGGACUGGCCCCCUGCUGAAAAAGUUUGCUGACCCCUGAUAUAGGCAUUUCAAUCUGACCUAUAUCCUCCCUCCCUUUACACCCCCCUCCCGUGUCCUGCCCUUUCCCUUCUCUACACCUUUGCUUUUUAUUACAUAAAAAGAAAAGGGAAUAGAGGUGUUAAAAAAGAAGUUUCCAAGCUUUGGCAAUGAAAAGGGUGGGGAGGUCGGUGCUAAAAGGUUACAGUGGUACUUCUGGAUGCGAACGGGAUCCGUUCUGGGGCCCCGUUCACAUCCAGAAGUGAACGCAAUCCGCAUCUGCGCGUGCGCGGGUCGCAAUUUGCCACCUCUGCACAUGCGCGAGCGGCGAAACCCGGAAGUAACACGCUCCGUUACUUCUAGGUCGCCGCAGCGCAUAACCCGAAAAUACUUAUCCCGAAGCUACGGUAUUUUUCGCUCUAUAAGACACACUUUUCUCCUAAAAAGUAAGGGGAAAUGUGUGUGCGUCUUAUGGAGCGAAUGCAGGCUGCGCAGCUAUUGCUGAAGCCAAAAGAGCAAGAGGGAUUGGUGCAUACCGAUCCCUCUUGCUCUCCUGGCUUCAGUGAUAGCCCUGCAAAGCCUCUUGAGCGCAGCCGGAGCGCUCCUGCCUCUUCGCUCAAGAGGCUUUGCGUUGCUUUCUUGUUUCUUGUUUUCCUCUAAAAACUAGGUGUGUCUUAUGGUCGGGUGCGUCUUAUAGAGUGAAAAAUACAGCACUUCAACCUGAGGUAUGGCUGUAGUAGGGAAGGGACAGAAAAUAAAACACCAAUAGCAUUGGGACAUUCUGUAAAUCUAAUGGUGCUGGAUCCAGGCUUGCACUCAGUAGAGUUCUGCCUGUGCUGGAAGAAGAGGGUGGAGUAACCAUUUUUACUCAUUCUCCCACUCCAUGUUCACUAAAAAGCUGCUCUGGAAGAUUGGGGGGGCACUCUGUAACAGCAUGGAAGGUGGUUUUGGUGUGAACAGUGCAGUCUCAUUCUUUUCUGGUGUGCCUGCUGGAUCUCUGUUCCUCCUUUAGAGAAAAUCUAGCUGUAGUCCACAGUGUGGUCACACUUUUAAUAUUUUGUACAUUUAUGCUUGAUGUCUCCCCCACUUCCCCUCCCAGAAAAAAAAUCUGCUGUAUAACUUGAAAAGGCCCAACAGGGGGAAGCUAAGAUAAAUGGGUUUGGUGCACCUCACCUGAAAGCUUUUGGUGCUUUUUACUUAUAGUAAAACGACAGCCAAUAAAGGGUAUGACAAAUAUUUAUAAGAUUAUUAACAGCCUGAAGAGAGUGGGUAGAUUAAUUGUAUUUAUUUCUCUCAAUACAAAUUACAGUCAUACCUCAUGUUACGUUUUUUCAGGUUGCAUCCCGUGGCGACCCGGAAGUACUGGAAAGGGUUACUUCCAGGUUUUGCUGCUUGUGCAUGCACAGACACGCAUGCAUGCCCAGAAGCGGCAAAUUUCAACCUGCGCGUGCGCAGACGCGCCACUGCAGGUUGCGUUCCUUUCAUGUUGCGAACCGGCCUCCAGAACAGAUCCUGUUCGCAACCAGAGGUAUCACUGUAUUGUGAUGUUCCAGUGAUAUUGGCAGUCAGUUCAAAACAGACAAAAGCAGGUACAGUGGGACCUCGGGUUACAAACACCUCGGGUUAUAGACACUUUGGGUUACACACUCUGCUAACUCAGAAGUAGUACCUCAGGUUACAAACUUUGCUCCAGGAUGAGAACGGAAAUUGCGCGCCGGCGGCAGCAGGAGGCCCCAUUAGCGAAAGCGUGCCUCAGGUUAAGAACGGUUUCGGGUUAAGAACGGACCUCCAGAACAAAUUAAGUACGUAACCUGAGGUACCACUGUACUUCACACAAGGCACACUAAACUUUGAGAAUAAAAUGUAGAAUCUUAGUUAGGUUUUAUUUUUAUUGGACAAAAUCACAGAAUACAGUGGUUCUAUCCGUGGUUAAUAGUCAUGAAAGCAGAAAUGGAGCUUCAGUAUUCAGGAACAGUAUACAUCUGAAAAUCAAUAAGGAAUAGCCUGCUUGUGAAUAUUUUGAGUAGAAACUGAAUGCUGAAUGAGUUGAGCCAUACUUUCAAUCACCAUGGUAGUUUUUGUUGGGGUCAUUUUUGGUAGACUGUAUAUGGUAAAGAGAGUUUUAAGGCAGAAAAUGCAAAGAUAAACCCUUGACUCUGAGAGAACAUUUCGCAUAAUGCAGUGGAAGGGUGGCGAGAUAGACAGGUUGUAUACAAUGUAGCAUUAAACAGCACUGUGCAGCAUUAAUCACCUUAUGCCUUAUCAGUGGGACUUUGCUCCCCUCUCUCCCUCCUGCAUACCCCCUAAAUUUGUAAUUGCUUGCAAAGUGGGAGACCAAGAGUCCUCCACAUGGGUCACAUACAGUUUGUUCUUCUUUGGAGAGUUUCUUCUUGCUGCUGGUGAGUGGGCAAAUGGCAAAUUAAAGGCUAUAUUAUAUUCACUUUUUUCACACAGCAUCUCUGGUAUAGAGGAAGAUCCAGUUUGAAAAAUAUUGCUGGAAACUUUUCUUUCUCUCUUUAAAUAAGCAUGGAAUAAGCAAAUUGUAGUUUUUGCAGCAGGAGACAGUCAAUUUAUGCCCAGUAUAUUAUUCUGAGUGAGGAGGUUGUAUUGUUAAAUAAUUCAGUCUGCCUUUCCCCUACUUUUCUGUUUCUAAACCCCCUCCCCUGCACCGCCAGUUGUAUUGCUAAAGGUUUGCUUUGUUUUUUACUGUCACACUUCCAGGACCAGACUCUUGCUUGUACAGUGGCACCUCAGGUUGUGAACGGGAUCUGUUCCGGAGCCCCGUUCGCAAUCUGAACGGAACGCAACCCAUGUCUGCGCACGUGCGGGUUGCGAUUCGCUGCUUCUGCGCAUGACAUCAUUUUGUGUAUCUGCGCAUGUGCGAGCAGCGAAACCUGGAAGUAACCCUUUCCGGUACUUCCGGGUCACCAUGGGACGUAACCUGAAAACGCGCAACCUGAAGUGGACGUAACAAGAGGUAUGACUGUAUAGAUCUGGCUAGCUACAGAAUAGCUCCUCUCAUUUCUUAAGUUUUGACAGACCAAAUGACAAUGGUUAUGAUCCAAAGAACUACGGUAGUUUAGGUGAGGGUGGAUUUGAUUUAAAUCAAAUCAAUUCAAAUCACUAGUCAGUAAGACUUGAUUUAAAUCAUUUUUUUACAGAAAGACUCAUUUUUGCUGGUAUAAUCUUAAUAUUUACAACCAGAUGAAGGUUUGGAAUAAUAAAUUUUCAGAGUAGUUUUUAUAGUUAUAUCAAAAAUUACUGAUUUGGUUAUACUAUUAGAAAUACAUUGACAGGUAAUUAUGAAAUUAUUGUGAGGUUUAAUAAGUUAACUGUUUAUAUUUGGACAACUUUUCUGCUGUACUUUAUUGGAAGAAGAAAAAUAAUCAUUUCCUUAAUAACAAUUUAAACAAUUUAUUUAACUAAAACAAUAACAUUAUAGCAUAUGUAUCCAUGUUUGUUAACUGAUGUGGUUAAACAAUAUUUUUUUUAAAAAACACACACACCUUAGACUGAGUUUUGGCACACAUGAAAAACUUAAAACAAAUCCUUAUUUCAUGAUGAAUAGCCUUUGAACUAUAAUAUAACUUAAAUAGAAAACUAUAUUCAGAAAGAUUUCCCCUCCAAAAGCAUUUUAUUUUAAAAAUCCAAUGUAAAUUUUUAAAAAUCUGAUUUUAAAAAAUCAUUAAUUUUUUAUCUACCCUGGUUUAGGUAUGCUUUCUGCCCUUUGAACUUCUGCCCCCUAUACAUAUCACACACUCCCUUCAAAAUUUCUUUAUAUUCAAGAGAGGUUUGCCAGGAAGUAAAGAGGGCCACUGUUCAAGCCCAUUGGUAUGUGGAACAGGUUGCACAGUUAUUUGGAUUUAGAUUACUGUUUCCGUUAGAAACUACCUCACUUAUGCCAUUUCUACAACACAACAGGGUUUCAGAUUCUGCACUUGUCCAGUACAGUUACUGCCUGCCAUUAUAUACAUGAACAGGUUUCUUUUCUAUUCAGUAUGAUAGAAUUUCCUUUAAAAAAAAAAACUUGAAAAUUUAGAGCAAUGGUUCUUCAAAACAGCUUGAGACACUUAACUCAUUCCAUUGUGUUUCUUGGUGGCAUGUGUUCCUGUGUUGAAUUACCAAUUUUGGGGAUCAGCAGAGCAGCUAUUUCUCUGCAAGUUAAAAACAAAACAAAAACAACUUUUGUGAGAUCAUUGCAUGCUAGUAUUUAAAUUAUUAGUUGGAUUCAAUUGUCUUCUCAGACCACAAGCUACAAAAAUGAUAAGGGGCCUCAUACAAACCAAAACAUAGUUUUCCAUCUUAAUUUAGGAAGGUUUGCUUUGACAGUUUAAGAGUCCCUGUCCUAGUGAGUUCAGUAAGCAAUUUUCUUUUAUUAUUUGAAUACUACCUGCUACCUGGAAACUAAGCAUGCAUUGAAGGGUGGUUAGGUGAAACAUGGAGUUACCAAGCUGAUAGUUCUUUUGUAACACAUUUAAAUUCUGGGGGGAAACCGACUACUCCUGUGGAUUUAAUUUGUGGAAUGUUUGUGAGAAAAAACAUCUUUAUUGCAACUAACUUCACAAUCGUGCUUGUAACAAAGCACUUAUUUUUUACCUUACUUAAUCACCUACAAGAAGUUGCCAUGUACGUUGUUUGAAAUUUUAUUUUUAUUAUUUUUACUAAAUUGUCUUUUAUUGAAAAUUGAAAAAGCAGGUUGCAGUUUGCCACAGGGGAAGGAUUCAGGGGUGGAGAGUGUCAAAUGGAAUGCAGCAGUUGCAGCCUCUGUCAUGUAGGAAGACACCAUUCCCAUGGAAAGAAUGGUGCCUCCUGCCCCAGAGUUCCUGUGCCCUAUUCUACCGCCUCAGCCACUGCCUGCUUUCUGUAGUGAACCUCUAAUUCAGGGGUAGGCAACCUAAGGUCUGUGGUCCGGAUGCGGCCCAAUCGCCUUCUCAAUCCGGCCCACGGACGGUCUGGGAAUCAGCAUGUUUUUACAUGAGUAGAAUGUGUCCUUUUAUUUAAAAUGCAUCUCUGGGUUAUUUGUGGGGCCUGCCUGGUGUUUUUACAUGAGUAGAAUGUGUGCUUUUAUUUCAAAUGCAUCUCUGGGUUAUUUGUGGGGCACAGGAAUUUGUUCUCUUUUUUUUCAAAAUAUAGUCUGGCCCACCACAUGGUCUGAGGGGCGGUGGACCAGCCCACGGCUGAAAAAGGUUGCUGACCCCUGCUCUAACUCCUGUUGAAAAGGACCAGAAGCUCCUUGCUGCACACAACUAGCAACUGUGUCCUUUAGCUUAUUUAUUAAAAUAUUUAUAUCCUACACAUUCAGGCAGGAUUAAUAAUAUGAAAUUGAAGUAUUUACAUGUAAAUUCUAAUUCCCUGGCUAUUCUUAACAUUGACAGAGCUUUCCUAUUAGGUUGUUUGUACCUGAGAGAUGAGGACCCUCACUGCUUUGUGUGCAGACAUAGUUUCCACUACUUACUUAGGGCCUAAGAAUCAGUUCUGUACCUUCUCCUUGAAUUGUCUUAUCUGGCCCUAGUUUGGUUGCAAGCCCAUCACUAUGGCUUGGAGGGCUCCAUAUAAAAUCUUAGGUCUUGGGUGUUUUGCUGCUGUACUGAGUGUUAGAAUUGGUUUGCUUCCUUCAGCCCAUGCCUUCAGAAUUUUCUGGGUAAGGUAACUGCUCACUGUUUGACCUGAUUAGUGGAUGCUUAAGGUGGGGUUUGGCUACAUGUUCUGUAUGGUUUGCUAUUAAGAAGUGCUCAAGAAGAAGGGAGUUGGUGGAAAAGCACUUUCAUGCCCCCUGCAAAUAGGGCUGGAUGACAUCUAGUUUUCAACAUCAUGAUAUAUCACCAUCUAAAUCUCAUGGUAUCUUGAUAUAUCACAAUAUAUAUCUGCAGUGGCGGAGGGCCUUGCUGGGCCUCCGCGAGGGGCAGAGGGUCUUGCCAUGCCUCCCAGUGGUGUGGGAGGGUGCGCCAUGUUUCCCUGCAGUAGCAGAGGGUCUUUCUGCGCCUCCUUGGGAUGGCAGAGGGUCCCACCGUACCACCCCACAGUGGUGGAGGGUUUGCUGUGCCACACAGCACAGCACCCCACAGCAGCAGAGGGCCUUGACGAGGCUCCCUUUGGCGGUGGCGGGCCUUAAAAUGUAAGGAAGUAGUAGAUUUAAUAAAAAUAUUAAAGAAACUUCCAUAUAUUAUAUUUAAUAUAUUUUCAACUAACUUAUGAGUAGUUUAAGUGAUUUACUAGUCAUGUUGCAUCUGCUUCCCCACUCAGAGGUCUAAGUGAAAUCUGCAUGCAUAAGCCCUACUGAGUUCAACUAAGCUUCUACUUUCCUGGGAAUGAGCCCCAUUGAAUUCAGUAGGGCUUGCUUGUGAAUAGACACACAUUUGCUUUCACUGCUUUCUGAAAAACACCCUCCCCAUCAUUCUUACAUAGUACCCAAUCUCCCAUUUCAGCAUAAGGCAGCCAGCUCAAUCUUCUUCCAUUCCCACCUGAAAGCCCCCCCCCAACCCUCAUCCCACCAAUAUUUCCCUUUUUAUAGAAGGGAGGGAGGACAAGCAAGCAAAAACAUUGUUGCUGUUGUUUAUUUGUUUAGUCGUGACCCCAUGGACCAGAGCACGCCAGGAACUCCUGUCUUCCACUGUCUCCCACAGCUUGGUCAAACGCAUGUUUGUAGCUUCGAGAACACCGUCCAACCAUCUCGUCCUCUGUCGUCCCCUUCUCCUUGUGCCCUCCAUCUUUCCCAACAUCAGGGUCUUUUCCAGGGAAUCUUCUCUUCUCAUGAGGUGGCCAAAGUAUUGGAGCCUCAGCUUCAGGAUCUGUCCUUCCAGUGAGCACUCAGGGCUGAUUUCCUUCAGAAUGGAUAGGUUUGAUCUUCUUGCAGUCCAUGGGACUCUCAAGAGUCUCCUGCAGCACCGUAAUUCAAAAGGAUCUAUUCUUUCGUGAUCAGCCUUCUUUAUGGCCCAGCUCUCACUUCCAUACAUCACUACUGGGAAAACCAUAGCUUUAACUAUAUGGAUCUUAGUUGGCAAGGUGAUGUCUCUGCUUUUUAAGAUGCUGUCUAGGUUUGUCUCCUUUAAAUUAAAAAACAUCAUUUUUAAUAUGGAAGAAAGCUGUUUAGGGGGAACCAACAAUAUCAAUAACAGAAAAUAAAAAUACCCCCCUUUUUUUUCCACUGGUGAGAGAAGAAAGAAGUGCUUUCCAGUUCUUUGUUUACUUUGCCAUUUUGAUUGUCUAGUGGGGGGGGUGUUCCUCCUGGAUUGUUAGCAAGCUUUGCAUAAUUAGCUGAGCUAAGUGGAUAGAUACCAGUAAAGCUGAAAGAGUUUGCUGGUUUGUGUGAGGGCUUAUCUUCAUUUCUUAUCUGUGAGGAGGGAGAGAGCAAAAAAAGCAGUAGACACUUGCAUGCAAAUUAUUUGCAAAGUAUCAUUCAGCUGAGCUACCCACUUUUGUUCACCGGUAUAUUGGCUUGUUGAAACACUUACCAUGAUGUUAUUUCAAUACUGGUAUUCCAACGAUAUGGCGAUUUAUUGAACAGCCCUACAUGCAAACCUCCAAGCCUCCUUAAAAAAACAUUUCCUAAAUGUUUGGAUUCUGGGCUAUGAUGGAGAGUGGAAUUGCCCCAAACUGGGCACAGUCAAGUUCUCCUUAGAUAAACCUCCUUCUGUGAGCAGAUAUUGGGAUCCAAGCUUCUUAGGUUUUGUUGAUGUUUUUCAGUUUAAAGGCUAUGCCUUGUUAGAGGUAUCCUAAGGACCACAGAGGCUCAGGAUCAAGUGCCUUGAACACAAUUCUGCAUCUGUUUUGCAUGUGUGUGUUCUUCAGCACAGGUUUUGCAGUGGAGAUAAGCUGGGAAUUCAUGUUGUAUACACAUACAGAAUUUGACAAUUUGUCUUUUUCCAGCAAGAUAAAUAAUUUUUUCCCCAGCAAGAUAAAUAACACCUGCCUUUUUUAUAACGAGGUAAACUGCAAAAACCCUUACUGUAAUUAGCUAUACAUUGGUACCUCGGUUGUCAAAUGUUAUCCAUUGUGGAAGACCUUUCGACUUCCGAAAUGUUCAACAACCAAGACGGAAAGAGCUCAUUGCAAAAUCAAUCGAGAAAAUUGAAAAAAAAACCAAACACGCAGUGGAAGCCAUUUGACUUGUGAGGCACAUUCGAAAAUGGAAGCGUUCCAAAAACGAAACGUUUGGCUUCCAAGACUCUCGAAAACUGAGGUACCACUGUACUGUCGACUCAACUUACAUGGGGGUAUGUUCUGGGGAUAGCACAUAAAGUCAAAAUCAUGUAUAGUCAAAACGUUCCUGAUGCUCCCUUUUUAAUUUUUUGUUUUUUGGCCAAGUGCAUAAAGCAGAAUUCACACAAGCUAAACAUGCAUACGUUGUGAGUUGACUGUAUCUAAUUUGUUUCUGGCUUUUGCUCAUUAAAGGAGGUGCUAGGUGUUUGUGGAAAGAAAGAUACCAUAGAUUGCAUGACUGUUGAUGAAAUGAUGGGGAGUAGAAAGCAAAUUUGUUUUUAUUUAAAAAUAGGAUUUCAGUUCAGUAUAUUGUCAUACCUAUUACCUCACUCUCUCCUGCUUUGCUUCCCUUUUCGCUUCAAUAUUUAUUUUAUAAAAAUACAAACACAUCAGCAGCAAAUAAAGCAGCGGGGUAAAAAUGGAGUAAUAAAACAGGUUGUUAAUAAAAUACAUUGAUCUUAAAAACCCAGGAGAAUAAAAGUGUUUUUGCAUUGUGCUAAAAAUAUAGUAAAGAAGGUAACAGGCAAGCCUCUUUGGGAAGUGAAUUCCAUAAAAAUGGGAUGCCACAACCACAAGGGAGCUUUUCCCAAUCAUCUUCCUGUCACCUCAGAUAGAAAGAAGGUUCUCUUAAGAUGGUUGUGCAAGCAUGUUUCUUAGGAGAAGUUCUGUUCCCAGUCAAGUUUCAUAUCUGAACUGAACUGAACUCUACAUCAGAUUAAUUCCAAGCCGAAAGUGGGGUGUCUUAGAGAAAUUUGGAGCCUUUCAGAGGUGAAGCAAUUUAAGUACAGUUGGCAUGAGUUGAAGCAGGGACCCCAAAUGUCAGAAGGGAGAGCAAGCACCAUAUCUGACUUUUUAGAAGACAUCUGAAGUCAGCCCUGUUCAGUUUUUACUGUUUGAUGUUGUAUUGUGUUUUAAUUUCUUGGAAGCUGCCCAGAGUGGCUAGGGCAACCUAGUCAGAUGAGAGAUAGAUAGAUAGAUAGAUAGAUAGAUAGAUAGAUAGAUAAUAAUAUAAUUAUCAUUAUUAUAUUCCUUUAUUGAAAUAGGGGCACACCUGCUUUAGGGUUAUGUGCCUCUUUUUCUUAUGAACUUGUUUUUCUAAUGGUCACUAGAACACUCCCAAGUGAGCCCUCUAGGUCAUGCUCCUCACUAGCCCUUCUUCACACCCCUUUUGAGUGCUUUUGUUUGGCUAGAAUGUGUCCUUGAACAUGGAUAAUACUUCUUACCUGCCUGGAUGGAGGGUAGAGAGGGGUAUGUGAGUGUGUGGCCUACUGUACAAAAGUAGAAUGUGCAUUUGUUGCUCCACUAAUUUUUGCCUUUGGCCCUGCUCACCACUGGUAUGUGUCCCUUGGCAGAUUGUCCAGAAGGCAAUGUUGCCCCUGGGCUUUUGGUUUGCUGCUGGUCAUUCAAGUUAAUUUUUCUCUUCCUCUUUCUUAGGUCACACAGAUAAUUAGAUUAUGUCUUAUUGUAGUAUGUCUACUGCAAAUUUUGAGCUCUGAUUGCUUACUUAAUACCUUAUAACAAUUAAGAGUAGAGUGUGCUUCAUUCAUUUCUUUCUUUGUCUCUGUCAUUUAUAUAUGCUUAGAAAAUUACACACACACAGUUGUGGAUUCCAAGGUUACGUUCUUUAAAAAUAAAUAAGCUCUGCAGUUACUUUAACAAAAACAGGGAUGCUAUGCAUACUUUAUUCAAGAACUGAAUAGUGAUUUAAAUUGCUAUCUUAAACCUGAGAGUACAUCCAAUAGGCUAUUUUCUGAGUAGACAUAUAUUGAAUGGCACAGUUAAGAAUCUUUCAGUCUGUUUUGCUGUUUUGCAGCAUAUCUAAAUAUUUGAAAUCUUUUGAGGGUGAAUACUUAAUCGAGGGCUUUGAGAGAGCAUGUGGCAUAAGUAUGUGUAUGCAUGUGGAGCUAUUUUUGUUGAGAGAGACUGUAAAAAUGUUCUUGCCUAAUUUCCUGUAGUGCCGUGCUGCACUAGCAACUGGGAGAUCUAAGUUCAGAUUCUAAUUAUAUGCUCUCUCUUUGUAUUCUGAUCUAGCCUGGAUGGAGUUGCCUUUUCAUUGUUUACAUUUUUAAAAGUAGUUGUUUCCAAACUAGCUAAGUACCUCCCUACUCAUAGUUACAUACUCCUCUUCAUUCUACGCUUGCUUUAUUUCUUAAUUUGUUCCCUUUGUACAUCCUGCUUCAGGCAGCCCUGUGUUACUUCUUAGAAUUGAUGCACGUGCCUAGAACCCAAGGCUUGUACUCAGGGCUGACCCACCCAUGAGGUAAGAUGAGGCCACCACCUAAGGUGGCAGGAUCCACAGGGGCAACAGAUCCAGUCUCCAAGGAAUGCAACGCCCACUGCUGCUGCCAUGGUGGCGGUGACAGCUUUGGCAUGCUCCCUUCAGGCCAGAUCUGCUGCUUCCUUGGCAGCCCCCCACCCCCAUGUUGCCUCUACAGCAGCCUCUUGAUGAACAGUUACUGCUUGUCUCCCCUGCCCUCCAACCUUGUUCCCACUAUAGAUCUUACUCCUUCCCUUGCAGGGGUGGGGGGUGCCCUUUUUGUGGUUUGCCUCUAGUAGUGAUGUGAGGUGAGAAUAUUCUCUGCUAGAAAAUUCUCCAGAGAAUAUUUUCCACCAGCUGUAAAUUCUAAUGUAAGAACCAGUUUUACAACCCACAUUUUAAAAAUCUAGUAAAUAAUAAGUCAAGCUGUGUUAAGUAAUGAAUAAUUUUUUUUUAUCCAGUUACAUUACUGGGCAUUGUGUCAUUCACCAUUGGCAGUUCUGAAAUGUGAGCUACAGAAAACAUUUGUGGGUUUUUUUAGUUUUAAAAAUGCUAUUCAUUUAAUUUGAUGAACAUUUGAAUUCAAAUGUAUUUCAACUAUAUGUAAUAGCCCUUUUUUCUAUUUUGGUGUGACCUUAUGCUUAGCAAUUCUAUACCCUUGGCCAUACAGUGUGAUGAUUUUUUUUUAUUACAGAAAGUAGCUUUAAUGCUUUAUACACUUAAAGUACCUAGACCUAUACAAUUAUGUGUAACAGCAUGUGAGGUGGCCUUGAUUUAAACAGUUGACGUUUCUAUAUUUUUAUUUAGUUUUUGGUUGCCAUCUGAACAAGUUUGCCCAUGAAUAAACAUGUAUACUAACUAAUUGUAUAAUUUUCAAUGCAUUAAAAUUAAUAAUCUCCUACUUUAAAUGAAAAUUCUCUAAUAUUCGCAUUAAUCGAGAAUAUUCUCCAAAAGAUUAUUCUCGAGAAUUUAACAUCACUUACCUUGGGUGCAAAAACGUUUUGGCCAGCCCUGCUUGUAGUAAUCUCUGCAACCUGGGGGGGUACUGGUGCAGAUUCCAGGAUUAUGGCCCUUACGGUUUCUUGCAUUAUCAAGUUAAUGGUUCACAAUGAAUGUGCUGAUCUAGGCUGUCUCUCCUCCCCACCUGGUUUGUGAAUGAAACAAAUCAUACUCCCUUGCUUUUUGCAUUAAUCUGGGGGUUGUAUUUAUUUUCACUUCCAGAAAAACAUAAUUGCAGCUAAAAUUUGAUAUUGGCUUACUGAGUAUGGUAUCAGUGGAAAAAAAGCCCGUGAUGUCCAAUUCAGAAGUAGCACUAAACCAGGGAUCACUGGCGAGGAGGAUAUAUAAUUGCAUUCUGAAGUAUGCUUUGCUGUCAGAAGAAUGUUUUAGAGUGAUGUGCAAACUGGGCCACAGUGGUGAGGUGACAGACUGAAUUUGGGGGAAUCUUCCAGACACCACAUUCCAGUGGUGGAUGGAGCAGUUGGUUACAUUACAAAAUUUCUUCAUACAAAAGUCAGGUAUUUUUACACAUACACAGCUCCAAACACUCAAGAAGUGUUAUCACAGUUCAUUCCAAUGAGGCAAAAGUACUCAAGAAGGGCAUCACACUGGGCUCAUUCACUCAUUCAUUAAAAACAUACACGCUUAAACCUGUUUGCAAAAGAUAUAAUAGUGCAUCCCUACUUUAAAACAUGCAAAAGUUAAAAUACUAAAACAGAUUUAAAUUACCUCAAUUUUCUAAGCAUGUCUAACAGGUUUUCUUCAUGCUGCUGGAAAGUUUUUUGAUCCAGCAGAGGCUGUUGUCACCAGAACAGGGUGGAAAGCUACUUUCACCAAUUUCCUGUUUCCAUUGUUCCAAACAGUCUCUCUCCCAUUCCUGAGCAUAUUUAGAGGGCUGGGGAAGGGGAAUCUCAUCUGUCAGUGAAGUGGGAAGGGACACCAUUUGAUUCAGCCACCUAUCUCCAUCCAAGUUAUAUGAAAACUGGUCAAGUUACAUGAACAUUGCUGUUAAGAAUGUUUGUUCUUAACUACUAUGUUAUAUCUUAAACCAGUAUGUUGAAAAUGUUUGCUCUUAACCUUCCUGAGCCAGGGGAUAUUCUCUGGACCCCGCAAACCAAAAUUACUUCCUGAUCCAUGUAUUCCACUGGACGGUGGCAGUUCUGCUGUAUACAUUCUUGGAUGAAAUGAUUGUAUCAACCCAUUCCAGUAUGACUUAAGCCCUUGCUUUGGGGGACAGAAUUUGGUUUGGUCACUCUGAUGACCUUCAAGAGAAGAACAGGAAGAGUGUGACUGUUGAUUCUCCUGGAAUUCCCAGCAGCUUUUGAUAGCUUAACCACAGUAUCCUCCUGGACUUCAUCUGUAGGUUGGGGGUGGGACCGUUUCACUCCUGCUUAUGGGUUUGGAUGACUGCACUUCACCCCCCUGGCAGUUGUUCUGUGGGGUGCCACAGCACACCAUCUUGUCCCCGGUUGUAUUUACCGUAUUUUUUGCUCUAUAGGACGCACUUUUUCCCCUCCAAAAAUUAAGGGGAAAUGUGUGUGAGUCCUAUGGAGUGAAUGCAGGCUCCUUGGCUUCAGCGAUAGCAACGCGAAGCCUCCAAAGCGCAGAGGGAGCGCUCCCUCCGCACUCCGGAGGCUUUGCAUUGCUUUCGCUGAAGCCUGGAGAGCGAGAGGGGUCGGUGUGCACCGACCGCUCUCGCUCUCCAGGCUUCAGGGAUAGCCGCCUGAAGCUUCCAGAGCGCAGCGGGAGCUCCUGCUGUGCUCCAGAGGCUUCGGGCUCCUUUUGCUGAAGCUGGGAGAGCAAGGCUUCAGCAGAGAGGGAGAGCUGCGCAGUGCCCCUUCAGCGAAGCUGGAGGAGAAAUGGAUGGGGCUCCUUUUCUCCUGCCGCUUCGCUGAAGGGGCGCUGAGCAGAGAGCGGGAGAUUUUUUUUUUCUUGUUCUCCCCCUCUAAAACAAGGUGUGUCCUAUGGUCGGGUGCGUCCUAUAGAGUGAAAAAUAUGGUAAUUUCUGUAUGAAGUCAUGGGGAGUGGUUGUUAGAAGAGAUAAGGCAACAUGUUGCCAGUAUGCUGGUGAUACUCAGCUCUGUUUCUCUGAAUCUGGAGAUGGUGUGCAUACCCUAAACCAGUACAGUCAUACCUCUUGUUACAUUCGGUUUAGGUUACGUCUUUUCAGGUUGCCUCCCGCGGCGACCCGGAAGUACCGGAAAGGGUUUCGCCGCUCACGCAUGCGCAGACACGCAAAAUGACAUCACGUGCAUGUGCAGAAGCGGUGAAUUGUGACCCGCGCGUGCGCAGACACGGGUUGCGUUCCUUUCAGGUUGCGAACGGGGCUCCGGAACGGAUCCCAUUUGCAACCAGCGUGUUAGAAACUGUGAUAUGAAAGCUAGGAGCUAAAUGGCAGCUUAAAGCUAGGUUAUGGGUGCUGCAGUGGAAUGUCUAGGCGUGCUUUUUUAUUACUGUACAAGAAUACAAUGCCGAGAAUGAAUUAACUGCAGCUAAAAUCUUAUAUUCAUUUUUUGCAUAGUCUAGUCCUUAUCUGAAGACUGCAAAAAACAAAGCCAUACUUCCCCUGUCUGCCCCCCCCUAAUAUUCUUAUGAGGGUCCAUUCUCCAGUCCUCAGAGAGUGGCUGGAAGUGGGGAGGCAGCAAAAGGUCCUCCUUUUGUUCCAGCAGUGGCAAUUUUAAUCUGAAAUCUUAGGCACAAUACUACCCCCAGAGCUUAGAAACUGCUCUCAUAAAUGAAAUUCCCUGUUUCAGAAUGUGCCUAGAACAAUAAGAGUUUUGAACGCUGGUACCUGGAUGCACUCAUGGACUGUGUAAGUGCUAAUAACUUGUGACCAUAUCCUGACAAGAUGGAGGCUCUAUGGCUGGGUGGUUCCCAGUUCAGACAAUUGGGUUGUGUACCAACUUUCUGUAGGGUUAUAUUCCCUCUGAAGAAGCAGGUGUAUGUAUUAAAGAUACUGCUAGGUACACUGCUGUGUUUGGAGCACUUGGCACACCAACUGCAGUUGGUGCCAACUAUGGCUGUCCGUAGACAGGACUAGUGUUGGUAACCUGAUUAGACUACUGUAAUGUACUACAUGUGAGGCUACCCUUACACUUGGUUCAGAAGUUGCAACUACAGUGGUACCUCAGGUUAAGAACUUAAUUCAUUCGAGAGGUCCGUUCUUAACCUGAAACUGUUCUUAACCUGAAGCACUACUUUAGCUAAUGGGGCCUCCCGCUGCUGCCACGCCGCCGGAGCACGAUUUCUGUUCUCAUCCUGAAGCAAAGUUCUUAACCCGAGGUACUAUUUCGGGGUUAGCGGAGUCUGUAACCUGAAGCGUCUGUAACCUGAAGCAUAUGUAACCUGAGGUACCACUGUAGUGUAAAAUACAGUUGCUGGGUUGCUUAGUGUGACACCCAGCUUUACACAUAUUACUGUAGUUUUGAAAAAGUUGUGCAGGCUGCCUUUUAGGUACUGAGCCAGGUUUUGUUGUUGGCAUUUAAAGUCCUGAACCAAUUUGCUACUGAUUCGGCUCUACUUGUAUUAAUUCUCAAAGCCUUCUAAACUGCCUUAAGGCCCAUUUGACCCCAUGUGUUUGUUCCACCUCAAUCACUGACAUCCUGUAAUGGGGCACUUUUUGUGAUUCCCCACACCCUUGGAAUCUGGUUGGCCUUUACUAGGGAUAGAGCCUUUAGUGCAGCAGGAGUGCCAAUAGAUGUUUAGCAGGUAUCUAGUAUUGUAAAUGUGCCUUUUCUUUUAACCAAGUGGUAUUAUUUAUGGAUCUUUUGUAUGAUGUAUAUGACUUUCAUUUUUUAUUAAACUAUAGUUUAUAAAUAUUUUUUAAAAAACAGCUUGAGACCAAGGUACCUUGCAGAUAGUCUCCUCCAAUACACACCAACCCAGUAUUGAAAAUCUUUUGGGGAAAUCUUGCUGGUCAUUCCAUGACCAGUGAGUUGUCACUUGAAAGCAGUGUAAAAGUGGGCCUUCCCAGCAAAAGCUUCACCCAUUGGAAUGCCUCCCCUUGGGUAACUCAUGAAGUGGAGAGAAUAAUGACUUUUAAACAGCUUAUUAAAUUUUAGGUUUACUCAAGCUCUCCUAGAUUCUGACUCUUACAUUUUUUGUCUUGUUUUGUACUCUGCUCAGUUUUAUUUGUAAUAUACAGUUGUGCUUUUAUCUUAUUUUUAAUAAAUCUGUGGAAAGAUAUUUUCAUUUUUAUUGUUACUGUAUUUUAUUGUAAAUUAGUUAGAGAUAUUCGUUAUUUUAAGUGGUAUAGAUGUGUACACACACACUCUUUUAACAGUCAAGGGUCAAGUCUUAACUUGAAUGGGAAAGGCAAAUUAGGAUCCUUUCCCCAUGGCAGGGGAAAUAAUUUAGCAUUUUGCUUAUAACAAAUUCCAUGUUUGUGGUUUAACACUUAAAACAGAGUAGACCUAUUCUGGGGUUUUUAUUCCCUCCUAUAUAUUCCCAGUGGUCCCAGCUGGGAGAUAGAGUUCUAGCCUGAAGGGGAGGCGUGUUUUAGGCACUUGUGGCAAGGUCCUGUACCACCACUUCCACAUUAAGGUUCAGUAAGUAAAGAAAAGAAGAGGUCAGGUUUCAUUAAGGAAAGGUGAGACAUAGCAGCGGAUAGGUCAUGAUUAUUAAAAAAGUCAGGCAAGCUGCAGCCAAGGCCAAAAGGUGAAGAAGCAAAAUGGGUAGCACCCUGGAUAGCUCCAAGUUGAGCCAACGCUGGAAGGCAAACUUGAAUGUUAUUCAGACAACCGACAAACCCUGGCUGAGCCUUAAGUAAUACUGUACAUCUAGGCCAACCCCUGAUUAGUAGAGCCUUUUGCAUUAAAGGUGUCAAACCUGCUUUAGGAGCUACUGACUGGUGGUUUGAGGGAGGCACAGGCUCAGGUUCUAUGAUUGCCUCUGAGGUGGAAUCUAAGAAGGGCAGUAUAUGCUCAUCAAUUUCUAACCUUAUUACACUUUAUAAAUUAGUCUCUUAAUAGGCAUAAGAUAAGUUGCAUGUAAAUUUGUGUCAUUGUAAAUGGUGUGUAAUUUCUUAUUCAUGUGCAUCUUUCUUCCUUUCUUAUUUAAUUAUUUAUAGUAUUUAUAUCCCACCCUUCAGCCAAAAAGCCUCCUAGAGUGGCUUAUGUAAAAUCAGUUAAAACAAGAUAGUCCCUGCCUGUAAGCCUGCAGUUGCAAAACAUGACACACAAGAAAAAAGGGCCAGGGUAGGAAGAAGAAAGUAAACUUAGCCACCAGUUGUAAAGCAUUAUAAUACUAAUAAGCUGAAUAAUAAUAAUAAUAAUCUGAAACGAGUUCAGGAGAGUCUUGCUUCUCUCUUUCCCAUUGAAUUGUCUUUUGAGUUUCUCAUGACAAAUUACAAAUUUGACUGAUAAGAGAGUUAACAGUGUGCAGUAUAUAGAAUGGAGUACCCAUAGGAGGGCACAGCUGACCACAGAAGUGAAGAGGAGCACUCCACUCUGAAACAUUUUGUUGAAAGUUCUGCUUGUUCUAUUAUGCAGUUAGCCUCUGAGUAUCCAUGUUUUGCAAAGGUUGCUUUUGUAUGAUGAGAUACUAUUCAUAAGAGUUUUAUUCAGAGCAUAAUAGAACGAACUGAUUUGAAAUUGAAUGUUAUUUUCAGGAAUAGAUAGGACAUGUAAUUAAUGUGUGAGCUUCAGAUAUCACCACCCUGGGGGCCUGGAGCUGAAGGGCAGCCUCUAAAUCUACUAUGUCGAUACAAUAAAUAAAUGCACGUUAAUUGGGGAGUAAUGGUUUUCAGAACUGGAAAGCAUUUCUUUCUUACACUUUCGUAUAGUGGCUGUAUUUCAUUCUGCCAUUUUAAACUUAAAAUGCAAACAUUAAACUUUCAGUUUCAGAAAUUUGCCCCUUGAAACUAAACAUAGUACUGUAUUAACAAUUCCUUGUUUUAACAGUUUGGGAAGUGAGGGUUGACUAAAAGCAAAAGUUUUUGAAUUCCUCCUUAGCUGAGUGGGAGGUGAGCACAUGUAUUCAGACAGAGGUUAUGAGCCUUCACAUCACACUUACCACGGUCUGAACAUGGCCAGUAGAAGGACGACACAAGCUUUUUCUUCCUUGAAUUUAUUUAAUAUUCUCAUUUUUAUAGAAUGGCUUUAAUUAUUGAUCAACUCUGCAAGCAGUGUGAGUUACAUUUUUCCUCCAACCACUACAGUCAUACCUCAGGUUAAAUAUGCUUCAGGUUGAGCGCUUUCGGGUUGCGCUCCGCGGUGACCUGGAAGUAACAGAACGUGUUACUUCUGGGUUUCACCACUCGCGGAUGCGCAGACAGUCAAAAUGACGUCACUCGCAUGCGUGGAAACGGCGAAUCGCGACCCAUGUGGACACGGGUUACGUUCGCUUCAGGAUGUGAACAGGGAUCCGGAACGGAUCCGUUUGUAUCCAGAGGUACCACUGUAGUCUCAUUCAGUAUAAGGUAACUAUGUUUCACACUAACCUAAGAGUCCACUUAAACAUUCCUAUAAGAAACUGAUUCCUGUCUUCGAAAUUCCUUAUCUGAAGUACAAGUGCUGUGUGUGGUACAUGGUGAUUAAUGAAGAUUUAAAAGAAAUUAUGGCAAAUUUGGGAUUGUCUUUUUGCAAAGGUGUUUAUUAUUUGAAGUAUAAGAAUUUAAGUGAUGAAGCAGGCAACACAUAUUCUGUUGGGGAAGAUUCAUUAUUAAUGUAUUUGGUACAUUUUUGCUUUAAAAUAUUUGUGUACUGAAAAAAGAGAAAGAUCUGAUCCUCAUUGUGGAUUUUAAAAACUUAAUCUUGAUGCUUAGGAGUCUUCAUGGGCAGGGUAAUCCUAAUUCUGCCCCAGGAUCUCUCAUGGGGUGGAGCCACUAUCCCAGGGCCCCUCUCUAACAAAUGGGUUGGUUUAGGAUCCAGCAGUUCCUUUGCUGACCCUGUUUUUGAGGCAUUGCAUGGUACAAGCUUUUUAAUUUAAUCAACUUGCAAUCUAUGUCUGCAUUCAUCGUUUUCAGUUGUGUUGUGGAAAGUGAGCAGGGGCUUUUGCCCUUUACAUCUUUCACACAUCUGGAAAGUACUUCAUAAAAUCUCUUCCCUUUGCCAGAUAUCUUCUCGUUACAGCUGCCUUGUUAAAAAAAAUGCACAAAAGUAAUUAACCCACUAAUAUGUUUACUAGUACUCAUGCCCACACAUACUUAAAGUAUUUAUGUGUGGUUUAAUAGAAGAAGAAGAAAAAUAGUUUCUAUAAAGAUUCCCUGCCUGCUUGCCUGCAGGGUAUUCUUACUUGGCAGGGCAAUGAGAGCAAUCUUUCUCUAAAGUUUUGUUUUGUUUUUAAUUGUAACCUGUGGGUUCAUUAAAGAAGGAUGAAUGAGACAUUCCCUUGAAGAUAUAUAAUAGUUUAGUAAAAAUAUUUUUCUCAUUUUAAGGAGAAGCAUUAUUGUCUAUCUGACCUAUUGAAAUAUUCCGAAAUAUUUUCCAAAUUUCCUUUUUUUUUUAUUUCCAGUAUGAUAAGGCAGGAUAUUGUGCUAGUUGUUUUUCUAUAGUGCAGUAGUGACAUCUAAACUACUACUUUCUUUUUAGGAACACCAUUUGCAACGAGCUAUCUCAGCACAGCAAGUCUUCAGAGAAAAGAAAGAGAACAUGGUUAUUCCAGUUCCCGAAGCAGAAAGUAAUGUCAACUAUUACAAUCGUCUAUACAAAGGAGAGUUUAAACAGCCAAAACAGUUCAUUCAUAUCCAACGUAAGUUCAUUGUUACUUUUUUCCCCUUUUGCAUUAAAUGUCAAAGCUAGAGUGGCUGCUGACAAAAGAUGUCCACUAGUACUUUCAAGUUGAAGAAGUAAUGUAAUUUCCUCAAUCUCUGAGAAAAGUAGGAAGGCCUUUUGGGAACUAGCCAUUCUUCUAUAUUAGUUUUGUGGAUGAGAUUCCAGAUUAUCUUGCAUAUAAUUCACAUUGACAGAAACAAUUUGGCUUCUUAUUAUUGAUGAGGACAGAAAUAGUAAAAUAUACUGGAAGGUGCAAAACCAUUUUCUGUAGUUCAGAAUUAUGGCUUUAUCCAAACAAAUACACAAUAGCAUGUGUCUAAGUCAUUCAUAGAGAUCCUGCUUUGGGGUCUUCAAUGAUGUGAGGCAGGUGUGGACCAAGAAUAGGGCAUUUUUAAUUCUGGCACCUUGGCUCUGGCGUUUCUCCAGAUCUUUUAGCUUCAGCUUGCUGGCCACGCAUUUGGGAGCCUUGAAUCCAGUAUUUCACCCUUAGUGGGAACAAAGGGUUAUAUGGAUCCAGUCAUUUGCCAGGUAUUGUGUUCGGGAUUAGAACAAUCCAUUCAGUAUAGGCUUUACCAUGGCAUCUCUCACUGACAGAUGCAGGGGAUGAACAGAAUGACAGUUUUCAUUAUGCCCUUCUUUGAAUUUCUUGGGGGAGUGGUGCUGUUGUUUGGUGCUGAUUAUGGAAGGCAAUUAGGUUUGUAGGCUUCUAUUUAUUAUAUCAAGCUUUUCUAGACAAAGUAUUUUUUAAAAAAAGAUUUCAAUGCAUGUUUCAAAUCUCACUUCUUCCCCACGGAACACUUUUUAUUGAAUAUGGCGCUUUAAAAAUAUUUGUGCCCAGAAAUAAAAAUUAUUUCACCAAGGAAGAGCUGGUGCUUGAAAUGUGCAUCAGAAUCCCUUUAUAACAGAUGUGGGGAAGCUUUGGUCAUUGACCAUGCUUGCUGGGGCUGAUGGGAGUUGUGCUUCAAGAAUAUCUGGAAGGGAAAAGGUGCCCCACCCCCAUUUAUAACUGUUGUUUUGUGCAAUUCUGGAUUUUUAUUUCUGUCUUAGAUUGUGGAUGAGCUUCUUGUUUGUUUCAUGAUCUUGAACUCUUAUGGACAAAUUAAGUUUAUGCCUAGUGUGAGAGGUUAGCAUAAUGCGAACUGUAGAUGAAAACAGUUACUACUAGAGAAAGAAAAAUAAAUAUGAAGUUUACUUUCAUAGAACUGGAAUAAUUUUGAUUAUUACCUUAUUCAGUCUUCUGCAGUAGAAGGAUGAAGUCAAUAGGUAAUAAUCUAACCUCCUUUAAAAAUAAUCAUGGAAUAGGAAAAUGAGAUUUAUUUAUAUCAUCCAGCUGUUGCUGAGGUUAUGAAAACCUUCCAAAUGAGUAAAUGCCAGUGUUUGAAUGAUAAGGGUGGCUGAUUGUGAAAGCCCCUUCAUUACUGCUUUAGAAGGUUUUUGGGGAUCCUAAUUUGAUUAAAAUUGAAGGCAUCCAAGGAUAGGGAUUGUAGAUUUCAUAAGGGCUCCCUCCUUUUUUGUCACUGUAAUUUGAGAACUGGUAUUUGAAAAAAGUGUCCAGCUAUCCUUUAAGACAUUAAAGGGUAUUAAUUUCAUUAAGAUAGGGUGUCUUAACACAUAUUAUGUGGUAGGAUAGGAAAGCUGUCAUCUUACAUUAGGGGAAAGUUUUUCCAAGUUGUGCUCUGUUCUAUGUUAUUCUUUAACUCUUGUUAGUUUAGUAGCCCCCAAAUAAUUUUGCCUUUCUUUGUAUUGUGCACAGUAGGUCACUACUUUGAGUCAGCUGGAGCCAUAUUUUCUGUGGGUAUCUUUCAGCAGCACAGAUGCUCUGUUCUCAUGGUGUACUGAUCCUGAUCUUCUGUAUUGUCUAUGGUGGAAGAAAAAGUUUUCCAAUAAACAAGUCCUGCCUUUUGAGAGCAGCUGUUGAACUAGUUGACAUUUUAUUCAUUUCCAGCUGAUUAUUGUUAGUAUGCAUAUGUCCAUUUCACAUGGUAUUUUAAAGUAUGUUUCUGUCCCCUUUUUAUUUCAGCUUUCAAUCUGGACAAUGAGCAACCUGAUUAUGAUAUGGACUCAGAAGAUGAGACAUUAUUAAAUAGGCUCAAUCGGAAGAUGGAAAUCAAACCACUGCAGUUUGAAAUUAUGAUAGACAGGCUUGAGAAAGCUAGUUCUAAUCAGGUAUUACGGUUUACAAAGCACUAUUCAUCUAAGAUUUCACUAAUAAAGUUGAAUUUUGAUAAGAGUUCCUUAAUGUGAAUGUCUUUAUUUAUUUUUACUAUUUUUUUGUGGCUGGGGCAACCCAGUCAGAUGGGUGGCAUAUAACCCAGUCAGAUGGGUGGCAUAUAAAUAAAAUUAUAUAUAUAUCUCAUUAUGAAAGCCUUAAGCUUUACUAGUCUAUGGAGUUUUCCUUUAUCUGUUACCAGUUCCUCUUCCUUGUUGGGAGGUUGUAUUGAAUGCCCAUCUCAGCUGUGGGGGGAUAAGGCCGUCUGUGCCUCUCAUUUAAUGUUGCAUGAAGGGUCCUUAUGGACAGUAGUUACAUGGUUUGUGCAUUGCUUGAGUCAUACCUAGGUGCAAAAUUCAGGAGGUGAGCAGAAAAUUACUUUAGCUGGGAUUUACUAAUGCUCCUGUAGAAAGGACCACAGCAUGCCUUUUGUCAAGCUAAAAGCUUUUCUCCAAUUUAAAGAAAAACAUGACACGUCAAUUUACACAAUAGACUAUAAAUCCUUAGUUUCAUUAUAUUGUCAAAAAAGUAUUCAUUUUAAGUUUUCCAAUUUUUUCUUACUGAUAUUUCUUUAUUUAGAAAUUUCACUUCCACCUUGUGAUUUACAAAAAUCUAAAUAAUAGUAUCAUAAACAAUCAUUCAGUUAAAAUAUUUUAAAAAUACAAUAGAGGCAGGUAUUGUGCAAAGUUAAAGCAUAACUUUUAAACAAAACAUCAAGUACAAAGCAAGGCAAAGGCCUGCCGAAAUGAAAAUGUCUUUACCAACUGAUGAAAGAAAAGAGAGGGGACUGUUAUUCUUCACAGGGCAAUAUGUUCUACAGUGCUGAUGCAAAAUUUUGCUCAGUGCUCUGUUCCAACAAUUUCAAGAAGCACAGCAGAGCUAUAAUAUAGGUGGCAUGAGGGUCACCUGAACCUCACAAAACCAUAUUCAAAGUUGAAUUAAAGUUUUAUCUAUACUUUGAGGAAUCAUGCUAUAUUUGCGUAUUCUUCUGCGGUUCCAACAAUAGUUUUAGAAAUGCUUAGUGAAUGAGUGUAAUAAAAAUAUUUUACAUCUUCUUGAAGCACUAACUGCUAUUCCGUCAUAUGAACCUUAACAGUUUAGACAAAUGGUGUGGUUAGAGCCAUCAAAAACCAGAGAUUUUUGAAGCCAUUCUAUUCAUAACCUGGAACUGCGAAAUUUUCUUGGUUGUGUCAUGUGAAGUGGAACCAUGGUUCUCUAAUGCCUUGGUACUCAAACAUUUCGGUUCUCGAAUGCCGUAAACCCGGAAGUAAGUGUUCCAGUUUCCGAACGUUUUUUAGAAGCUGGACGUCCAAUGCGGCUGUUGGCUAUAGUUUCUGGGGCGCCUGCAGCCAAUGGGAGGUCACACCUUAGUUUUCGAACGUUUUGGAAGUCGAACAGACUUCCGGAACGAACCAAGGUUCCACUGUACUUCAAUUGGCUGGUUAAAUAGUACUUCAUAGGACCUCUCAUUAUAGAGCAGACUCUGUCAUAAUUGAUGCUAGGAUCACAUUUCUUCUGGAAGGGGGGACUUGACCAUAGAAAUCAUAUACUGUCAUCUUCUAAAGUGUAAAUAAGAUAGCAACUAGUUUAAACUUCAGGUACUGUCCAAAUAAUUAUAGUUAAUUGAUCAUUGUUUUUGUGUGUGAAGAAAAUAAGGCUGUUAAAGAGCAUGGAAUAACUUAUAGAUUUGUGCUGAAUAUUGGUUCAUUUUGACACUUGUGUAUUCUUUCAAACUGCCAAAAGUUCAGUCUUCCAUUCUCAGGCACUGGAUGGCAUUAAACCUAAUCCAGCAGAGCAUGUGCAGGAUCCCAGAAUAAGCAUUUGAACAUGUGGAACUGGAAAGUUGCCCAUGAAAUACCGUAUUUUUCCGUGUAUAAGACUAGGCUUUUUAACCAAAAAAUUAGGUUUAGGUUCGUCUUAUACAUGGGUAGUGCUGAGGGGUGUUUUCUUAAUUUGGAGUCCCCCAAAAUAGGGGCUUCAUAUACACAGAAAAGUAUGGUACGUUUCAUAUAGGAAAUGUAGCUGAUAGUAAUAGUUUCUGUGUAGGUUCUAUUAAAUCAUUAUUGGCUGAAAAGCAACGUAUUCCAACGAAGUAGUUAACUUCAUUAAGUGAUCAGUUUUCAUUUCCAAGAAAUAGUUGUUUGUGCAAACAAAGAACAAUAGAACUCAAAUGUCUUGAGCUCAAAUAUAUAGAAUAAAUGUGUAACUUGUGUCAAAAGUAGCUUUACAUUUUCAGGCAUAUAAGCAUAAUGGAGAGGUUGUUCUGUUUAGUUGAUGUCUGGGUAUCCAGUUACUAUUCUCAAAAUCUCAAAAAGUGAAAUAAAAGAUUUUUAUAAAAUCCUUGAUAUGGUUAUAAUUAGCGUUGUUAUCAGAUGUGCCCGAAGCCAAUGAACCUUGACAGAAUUUAAGAACCAGUUCAUCCUGCCACCCCAUGAAAAGUUACUUGUAAAGUGUUGCAGCUGCGUAUCUGUGUAUGUGCCUGCGUAUGCAACAGCUUUACAAACAAACUUACGGUAAACUCGAGCAAUUUUUAAUGUAAGGUAACUGCAAACCAUGAGACUUAAUUCCUGGUUCAUAUGACACAAUAAGCCAACAUUCAUUGAAAAUGAAACUAAUCUCCACAGAAGUCCUCAUUCCACUAAACAGAAAGAAUAGAGGGAAGGGUGGAGUGGGCAAGCCAUGCUUUAGCAUUAUUUGUGAACACAGCCAAUAUCUUAAAAAGCAGUGGUUCCCAAUUAGCUAAGUACUAUGGAACCCAUGGGGACACGGGUGGCGCAGAGCCUAGGACUUGCCGAUCAGAAGGUCGGCGGUUUGAAUCCCCGCGACGGGGUGAGCUCCCGUUACUCGGUCCCUGCUCCUGCCAACAUAGCAGUUUGAAACCACGUCAAAGUGCAAGUAGAUAAAUAGGUACCACUCCGGCAGGAAGGUAAAUGGCGUUUCUGUGUGCUGCUCUGGUUCGCCAGAAGUGGCUUAGUCAUGCUGGCCACAUGACCCAGAAGCUGCACGCCGGCUCCCUCGGCCAAUAAAGUGAGAUGAGCGCAGCAACCCCAGAGUUGGUCACGAGUGGACCUAAUGCUCAGGGGUCCCUUUACCUUUACCUUUACCUUAUGGACCCCAUGUUUUUCAAAAGCCAAGCCAUGGAUCCUCUACUUUUUUGGGGGGAAUUAUUUGGUAAUUUUUGUUAUGUGAAUGGUGCUAAGGACCCCCUGAGUGAGUGAGCGAACCCCCAAGGGUCCAUGGACCCCCAAUUGGGAAUCACUGUCUUAAGAGUGUUUUCAGAGGAGGAAACUUAACAAAAGUAGUCCCAGAAUGUCAAACUCUUUUACUUUACCAAGCAUAUGUAUUUCUGGAAACACCUGGGAUUACAAUGUGCAGCUCUUAGGAGCACUUAGGAAUGUCUAUAGUACAUCACAGUGCAUCGGAAAUCAGUAUUUUUUGGACCUAUAGGGUAGCUUUUGUAAAGACUCAGAAUUGCAGGGUAAUGUGGUCUGUUGCAUCAUCCUGUUUCUCUAAAGUACUUGUUUCAAUCCAGCAAAAGUUAGUUGCACUCAAGUCCCAUUAAAGUCUGUGAGGCAAAGUAGUUACAGCUAACUUAAGCCCCAUUAAUUUUAAUGGGAGAUAAGUGUGACUACUUUUAGUUAGAAUAGGGCCGCUGGGUGUUGAUAUCCUCAUUUUGACUACGAGAGAAGGCUUUCUGAAAACUCUUGUUUCCUGCGGCUGUGAGCUGUUCUCAUUCUUCUUUAUGAUAAAAUAUCCCUUUUACCCUAGUUCUUUAGUUUUAUACCUCAAUCCCACCAAAAUCUAAUUAUUCCUAUCCUUAUAGUCAUUAUGUGGCAAGGAAAAAGGCUUAGCAGCCUAGAUUCCACAGCACUAAAGUUCAAUAAUUUUAUCUAUGUAAAGAUGAACUGACAUUUUCCAGUUUGCUUUUCCUCCUUUAGUUGAAUAAAAACUUGUUUUCAUUGGGUACUCCUAAGGGCUGAGUGAAUAAAAUAUGUAGAUCUUUUUAAAUACCUAAUAGAACUCAUUAGCUUAUUUGUUUUGUUGCUUGGAAUGGAGAGACCAUUCACUCAAGGAGUGUAGGCAGAACUCAGACAAUUCCAGUGUAGCUCAGGGGUGGUCCGGAUCUGUAUUCCCUGGAACAACUCCGUUCUUCAGAGAAAUUGAUAGGUUUGCCAGGGUCCAGAUUAUGGAAAUGAGAAGAAGAGAAAUUAUAGAUUUAUUUUGACACAAGUGUAGGCAUCAUUUCAGCCCUUAACCGCUUAGCAAGAAAUGCUUGUUGAGGUACGAAAUAUUCUGACUUUGAUCAACCCAAAUCACCUGAAGGAAGCUCCUAGUUUCUAUUGCUGUAUUGACAGUAUGGAAAUAUAAUGUGCACCUGCAGCCAAAAUAACUGACUGCUGCUACAGAGGAAGUAAAUGAUACAGACGCUGCAUUUCAGACACCGAUGAAUAAUUAGUAGUAUUAAAGAAGUAUUUUGUCAUAAAAUGUCUGAUGUCUAAUUUUUGUGCAACAGGUCUUUUUUUUUUUGAAGCUGUAAAGUCAUACCACAUUGCUCUCUUCACACCUUGCAGUACUAAUUGUAUGAAGAAACCAAAGUUCUGAUAGCUAAUACAUUGUAGAGGAUUGUGUGUUACAUUUCCUCUUCAAAAUUUUCAUCCUGGAUUAUUGUUAAGAACAACUUUUAAAAUAAUUCCUUGUGUUACACAACAAUGUUUUUAUAUCUUUUCCAGCUUGUAACACUUCAGGAAGCUAAGUUGCUGCUAAAUGAGGAUGAUUACCUUAUUAAGGCUGUCUAUGACUACUGGGUAAGAAAACGUAAGAACUGCAGAGGGCCUUCCCUCAUCCCCCAAAUCAAGCAAGAAAAAAGAGAUGGCUCCACCAACAAUGAUCCAUACGUGGCUUUCCGGAGGAGAACAGAGAAAAUGCAGACAAGAAAGGUAACUCUCUCAGUUCUGCAGUUUUCCAAACUGCUAUUUUCCAAAGGUUAAAUGUCACAAAUUCUUCAUCUUAUUAAGGACAAAAGGUGAAAAUGUUGCAUUGUCUGCUAAAAUCUGUUUACCUAACUCAUAAUCAAGAUGAUAGUAAGGAAGUUUUUAAGUAAUAUUAGCUGGAAUAUUAAUAAAAUAAAGAUCAUGGGACUAACCACAUUCUCAUUCUAAUUUUUGGAGUACUGUAGCUGCCAUGAAUUCAGUGUGCCUUCAAAGUGGAUCCUAAUUUCCAAUUUUUGGUUCAAGACUUUAGCUUGCCUUCUCUUGUCACUUUCUGCAGUCCAUUAUUUAGUAUGAUUCAGUCUCAUUUUCUUGGAUUUCAGAUGCCUGGGUCUCUGUAUCUUAUUUCUGUUGUUUGUUUUUGCAUUUUGGAAAUAAAUAAAUAUCCUAUAGGCCAGUUGUAAAUGUUUCCUUUUUAAGGAAGUAGCUUGAGCAAAUAGUGGCUUUUCAGUUUUAGAUGACACUAUUUAAGAGUCAUCCCAAUUUGGCUUCAGGCCAGUUCCAGCUUGGAACUGAAACUGCCUUAAUUACCCUAUGGGAUGACAUUUGCUGGAAGAAGGAUGGAGAAGUGUGACCAUGCUAAUUUUCUUGGACCUUUCAGGGACAUGGACUAGUGUCCUUUGAGAUUUACUGGCUGAACUAGAUAUUGAGAACCACUGUGGUCAGGUGUUUCUGUUCCUGCUUGGCAGAUUCCUUCCAGAAGGUGAUGCUGGGGAACUGCUCUGUGCCAUGGCAAUUAUAUUAUGGACUAUCACUGUCUGUAUCAUUCCCUGUGCUAUUUAACUUCUAUAUGAUAUUGCUAAGGAAAACCAUUUGGAAAUUUGGGCUGAGAUGUCACCAGGGCAUUGCUGACAUUCGGCUUAAUUCCUUUUCAUCUAACUUGGGCAAGGCAGUAGAAGUCUUGAACCAAGUGCCUAAAGUCAUGGACUCAAUUCAGGCAAGGCAUAGGUUCUGUGGAUGUUUCUGACUGGGGAGGUGAAGUUUACCUUGUUCUGGAUGACUGUUGUGGAAGCAGAAUGCUACCUGAAGAUAAUUUGGACCCAACCUUAAAUGUCAGUGAUUCAAUAUAAAGUGCAAUUAUUUAAACUCAGUACGACUACAUUUUCCAUACAUGCUUUUUACUAUUAAUAUUUUCCCCCCAACAGAACCGAAAGAAUGAUGAAGCCUCUUAUGAGAAAAUGCUGAAAUUAAGAAGGGAGUUUAGUAGAGCCAUAACAAUUUUAGAGAUGAUUAAAAGACGAGAGAAAACAAAACGAGAGUUGUUACAUUUGACAUUGGAGGUUGUGGAGAAAAGGUAAUUUUUUCAUCCAUUCUUGUUAAACAGGUUCUGCUUGAAUUCCAUAAAAUAACAUGUUUUAGUAGAAGUGCCGUGAUUAGCAAAUAUAGUAUGUUUGGUGGAAUGUUUCACUUGGCACAUGGGGUGUUCUGUCCUAUAUAUCAAACAUAUCCUCCGUUCUGAGUUUGUAAAUAGGAAGCAAUGAUGACAUGCCUUGCAGGGUUCCUGUGACAAUAAAUAAAGACAAAAUAUUUUAAAGCACUUCACAUAUUUAAAGUAGUUCAUUAAUGAUUAGCAAUAAUUAUUUUUCUUUUUUGUUAAGGUACCAUUUGGGUGAUUAUGGAGGAGAAAUACUUAACGAAGUCAAACUUAAUACAACUGAAAAAGAGAUGAACACCACUCCAGCAGCUCUUCAUAAUGGAAAUCAUCACAAGGUUCAAGAAUGUAAAGCUAAGGUAAAUGACUUGCGUCACCAUUAAUUUCACUGGAUACAUUGUCCUCUUUGUAAUGUGGAAAGUGUGAUGUAUAUGUAGUAAUAAUUAUUUUCUAUAAUGUCAGAAAAAAGCAGAAAUAAAAAUCUAUCUGAAGCUGUAUGUACAGAUAGCAAUACCUGAUGUACACAGCCAGCUGUAUAUCUUUUUUUCAUUUUAGCAGUUCAAAAAUCAAUAGCACAGGAGCUGAGAAGGUUUGCUGUGCUUCUUGGUUUAUGCAACUAAUUAGAAAGGGCUAUAUUUCUAGUUGUAUAUGAAGCCAUUUGGUGGAGGCAUUGCUGCAUUUUAGAAUGCUUUCAGGUUACAGAGGUCAAGAACAUAAAAAUUGCUUCUUCCCUUAGUCCUCUUACAAGAGAUAACUGCAGAUUAAAGUUUUUUGGCAGUUAACUUUAGCUAAUUUAUCCAGACACAUUUUUUAAAAAUUUGCUUCAUAUUAGAGAAAUAAUCUUCCAGCACUGUCUUCAAAUCAUUGUAAUGGUAACAGUUGCAAUUAUUUCAUAGAGACUCAUGCUCUCUGAGAUUUUAGAAUUGGCUUAUUUGCAGUACAUAUAUUUAGAUGGUUCUUUUUAGAAAAGAACUAAACAUUUUCAAAUAUUUUAAAUCAAAAAGAACAUAUUUCAUUAAAACAUUUCUCUCUUGUAUUUAACUUUGAUGACAUCUAGUGGUUAUUACAUUGUAGGCACCUAUCACUGUUCAGUUUGGUUCAUACUUGCCUUGUUCUCUACUGCCACAAAGUAAGAAACUUUGAGCAGGAAAAAGUGUGCAAGACAUCAGCUUUUUAGAAAAUUACUGAGUACUUUUAAAAGUUAAUGCAGAACACAGUAAAGGAUACUGAAUAUUAUAUGUGCAAGUUGUUGAAUAUUAAUUUUUGUAAAAGAAAUACUUGUUCAGAGUUAUAUAAACUUUAUUCUUUAGGCAACCUGUUCAUGAGCAAAGCUGAACCAUAAUGAGAUUAGAAGGGUGGUGGUGGAUAUAGACUGUUUAAUGAAAUAAGAAUAAUUAUUAACAAACGGGGGGUUGUCCAAAAUUUAUUGUAUACAACAGCAUGCUCACCACUCAUCUCUAAAAGAGGAAGUGUCUGAUGUUGUCCGUCAAAAGAAGAAGUAUCCAAAGAAGCCUAAAACUGAGAGUGUAAUAAAUCCUCAGCAACCCACUACUGAGCCUUUGCCUGUGAUCAGUAAAAGUGAUAUCAAACAGUAUGACUUCCACAGUUCAGAUGAAGAUGAAUUUCCACAGGUAAUACAUGUCAACUAAGUUAUAGUGACAGAGAGAAAAGGAAAAAGUUGUGUAAAAUAGAAAUAAUUGUCACUUUAAUUUUUUUAUUUUUAUUUUUUUAAUGUUGCCCUUUCACCAUAGGUUUCUGUUGGAAUGUCAUGCCACAGGGACUGGGAUCCAAAGGGCUGUUUAGGCUUCUACAAAGGGCUUAGAUGAGCCUGGUGCCCUUUUUGUGUUUGGGCAGCUCGCAUCUCCCAGGCUCUCGAGAACAGUUCUUAAACAUAGUCUUUGUGGGAUAUGGGGGACUAAUGGAGAAAAACAAUUAUACAGACCCUCAAGUUCACAAAACUUGCUUCACCGUUCCUUAGAUGCUGGCUGAUGAGAAUUUAUUUUAUUUUAUUAAGUUUCCAAUAAAUGAACUGCUAAAACUGAGCAAACGGAGUGCUUGUCAGUUAUAAUAAGUUGGCAUAAUAGCGUGUUUUUAAAUCAAACUGCUUUGGCCCCCUAGGUACCCUCACCAGUGUCUGAGCCAGAAGAAGAAAAUGAUCCUGAUGGAGCAAGUGCAUUCAGAAGGAGGGCAGGAUGCCAGUAUUAUGCUGUAAGGAUUCUUGCUGCUGUUAAGACCUAUCUAAUUGAUUAAUGCAGAAGACAGAUGUUUGGUUAAAAGGAACAUACUUCAGCCUUCCUCUUUUUCCUCUCUCGUCCACCUUGGGUGUUUAAAAACAGACUUGAUCUUCCUAAAAUAAUAAGCAAUAUCAGAUUAUGCCAGCUACAGUGUAUGCCAGCUACAGUGACUGGUCAAGGCUGUCAAAUGUACAGGAAGGGAUAUACCUUGAGGAAACUGGGGCACACACGGAACUGCUAGCUGCACUUGAACUAGUUCAGUAUGCUUGAAAGGGUAGGGCUGCCAAAAGAGGUGUGGCUGGUGGCUACUAACUAGAGGGCCCUUUCAGUGGUGACACUCCAGUUGUGGAAUGCCUUUCCCAAGGAGGCUCACUCAGUGCCUUUGUUACAGUCUUUGGUGCUUGGUGGAGGCCUUUUUCUUUUCCCAGGCUUUGCGGACUAAAUCAUAAUACUUUUUUGAUCCUUUGGUACAGUGGUACCUUGGGUUACAGAUGCUUCAGGAUACAGACUCUGCUAACCCAGAAAUAGUACCUCGGGUUAAGAACUUUGCUUCAGGAUGAGAAUAGAAAUCGUGCGGCGGCAGCAGGAGGCCCCAUUAGCUAAAGUGGUACCUCAGGUUAAGAACAGUUUCAGGUUAAGAAUGGACCUCCAGAACAAAUUAAGUUCUUAACCCGAGAUACCACUGUACUGUCAUUCUGUUGUUGGUUUUACUCUUUUAUGCUUUUUCUGUUUUGAUAUUUCAAUUUUGGGAUUUCAUGUCCUAUCUCUCUCUCUCUCUCUCUCUCUCUCCCCCUCUCCCCCCCCCCCAUGUGUGUGUGUGUGUGUGUGUGUGUGUGUGUAGAGAGAGUAUUCACACUCACAUAUACAUACACACACACUUAAACUGCAGGGGAAGGAGGUUGGGGCGUAUGAGAUUACAGUGAAGGGAGCUUGAAGGAAUUAAAAAAAACCUACUAAUAGUGUCAGGAAUGCACUAGUUAAAGUAUAUGGGACUACAUUCCAUCGAAAUAUCUUACACAGUAGCUUGAACCCUGCAAAUCUAAUCCUGUUACUUGUACACCUAAUGUUUAUGUCCUCUUAGCAAUUGUCUCACCCUUUCACUUACAUUGUUGUUUGUUUAUUCUAUUCAUAUUUGUAAAAGUAUUUAUAUACCAUCCCUUUAUCAGGGUAGUGUAUAGCAAUCUAAAAGCAAUAAAAGUAAUAGAGAGCAAUAAUUAAAAUGAGAAAAUUGUUUUAUGAAAGUAUUCUGCUUUUUGCAGCCAAAAUAAUAUCAGGACCUUUACGUAAAUAGUUCUAUUCAAGUUUCAUUUUCCCUUUCCCAAGAAUGAAAGCAAAAUUAUUCUUGUCUUGUCUUCCGCAGGCUCAUUUGGACCAAACUAAUUAUUCUCAUGAGAAUUCAGAACUGGCAGAAUUGGAUAAGCUAAGGUAUAGGCAUUGCCUUACAACACUUACUGUUCCAAGAAGAUGUAUAGGAUUUGCAAGAAGACGAGUUGGCAGGGGUGGAAGGUAAGAGAAUUGCUAAUUUUGUUGGUAAAAUGACAUACUAUUUUCUUCCCUUUUCAUGGAAGCAAAACUCAAAUGUAUAUUAAUAUUUUCUUUUCUUCUUCUUUUAAAACAGGGUGUUGAUGGACCGGAUAUCCACAGAACAUGAUCCUGUCCUGAAACAGAUUGACCCAGAUAUGCUAAACAGUUGCUCAAGCUCUUCCCAAAAUGUAGACUUUUCUUCUAAUUUUUCACGGACCAAUGCUUCCAAUAAACAUUGUGAAAACAGACUUUCUCUUUCUGAAAUACUAAGCAAUAUCAGAUCGUGUCGACUGCAGUGUUUCCAACCACGGCUCCUAAACAUACAGGACAGUGAUAGCGAAGAAUGUACCUCAAGGAAACCAGGGCAGGCUGUGAAUAAUAAAAGAGUUUCUGCGCCAUCUGUAGCUUUAUUGAACACCAGCAAGAAUGGCAUAUCAGGUAGGCAGCAAUUUGCAAUGUUGAACUUUAAAUGCAUAUUUAUCACCUUGGACCUGGCUGAGGAUUCUAGAAGAGAAAAUAGUAUGUGUAUUGGGGGUGGGAAGAGAGAGAUGUCAUUGCAAUAAAAUAGAAUCACAGUGUGUGUGCGUUACAUACUUUUGUACAGAUAUUUUAUUCCUUUGUACAGUGGAUGUGUAAAGAGCCAUGCGGGGCAAUGAAUGCUUUCCUGGACACCGCAAGUCUUACGUAGUUCAGCCAUCUUGUCCCUGAGAUUACACUCCCCACCCACAUAGAUCAUUUACUAAUAUUUGGUGUCAUGGAUUUAAACAGAGGACUAACAUAUGACUUGAUUAUACUGCUAGCACUAAGGCUGCACACUUAGUCGUGAGUAAGCUUUGGUGACACGUAUAAAAAAGGUCAGGCUACACAACAGAAGAAAUUACAAGAAAUUUAUAAAGUCCAUUAUUUUUAUUUUUGCAUCGUGAAAACUGAUUCACUAUUUACAGCAGUUACAGCACAAGUAGCACAUUGAUCCUUAAUGCAACACGAAAGCCACCUUGUAACACACACACACACACCCUAAUGAUAAUAAGUGAAUUGACCUUCAUACGCUACAUUUCCCAUGGACCAAACUUUGCAUUGCUGGAUUUUAAAGAAGUGUUUGGCAUAAUUCUUUAUUCUUCGUGUAGGACUUAGGAGUUGCCUUUGCUUAUUAGUAUUAAUAACAGUAUGUGCACAAUGCUCUACAAUUUAUGCACACCUCCUUUGAGCAACAUUAGCUUUUUAAUGGUGGUCGAGGCCAUUAUCGCCAUAUUUUUCGCUCUAUAAGACGCACUUUUCCCCUCCAAAAAUUAAGGAGAAAUGUGUGUGCGUCUUAUGGAGCGAAUGCAGGCUCCAUGGCUUCAGCGAAAGCAAUGUGAAGCCUCCGGAGCGCUCCCGCUGCGCUCCGGAGGCUUUGCGUUGCUUUCGCUGAAGCCUGGAGAGUGAGAGGGGUUGGUGCGCACCGAUCCCUCUUGCUCUCCUGGCUUCGCUUCUCUGGAGAGGCGCUGCGCAGCUUUCCCUCUCUGCGCAGUGCCCCUUCAGUGAAGCGGGAGGAGAAAUGGAAGGGGCUCCGCUUCUCCUGCCGCUUCGCUGAAGGAGCGCUGCGCAGAGAGGGAGAGAAUUUUUUUGUCUUGUUCUCCCCCUCCCCCUGCGUCUUAUGGUCGGGUGCGUCCUAUAGAGCGAAAAAUACGGUAAAUCACUCUGUAGCCAUAAUUACUGGCUAGAAAGCUGUUAGUGUGCAGUGGCUUACCACAUGGAUUGUGUGAUUUUACCAUGUCAUUGCAAAUGUUCAUGCAACAAAUCAAAAUAGGAAAGAAAGAAAGAAAUUUAAGAAAAAACUAAGUUGUCUUGGGAAGUCUUCAGAAACUGAUAUAAUGAACUUCCUGACGGCCUGCUUCUCAUAGGUCUUAAGUAGCUUCAGUUAAAGUGGAGAAGGGGGAGUCCUAAAAGCUUUUCCAGGAACUCAUGUUAUACAUAUUGCCCUGGCUUACCCUGAGGCAGCAGCAAUUGGCACUUUAUCCCAGUAAUUGGGUAAUAUCUUAAGGAUCUUGAUCUUGAUCUUGUUAACAGUUACUUCCUAUCUCUUCUCAAUACCUUCUGCAAGUGGUAUAAGCAAAAAUUGUGUGCUUGUUUAACAUGCCAGCAGCAACUGAUCUCAGAACUGAUUCCUGUAUGUAUAACGGAGUGAUGAAGACACACACUUUAGUAUCUUAGCUUUUUGGGUUUUUUGUAGAACUCCGACCCCAUAUUCCUGUUAACCUCUCCACUAAUAUUUGCUGAAAAUGGAACCAGCUGUAGCAGUACUGUCAUUAACAGGUCAAUUGUCAAAUUAAAGUGAUUGUGCAUAGUAGACAAAUCAUAUCUGUACCCUUUGAGAGCAAAACAGUCAUUGCCAAGGAUUGCACUACAAAAUGAUUCGCACUUUCAAAAACAAGUUUUACAUCAGCAAGAGAAAGUACUCUUGGCAUAAGAAUAUUGAUUUCUAUAAUUAUUAGUUAUCUAACUCUUUUCAUAAAUUAGAUGGAUGCCUCAAAGAGAAUGUUGCAAUAAUCCCUGCAGGCCUUAAUGUAGUCCAGAAUUACUAUCCCCAUAUUAUAGGCUGGGUACUGAGACUAAAAGAGUGAUAGCUUACUUAAGUAUCCCCAGUGGGCUCCUGCCAGUGGGAUUUGAAAGCCUGCAGGAGUGGGAUUGGCAAAGCUCAUGAUCACAACUGCGCUGCACCAGUUCUUUGUACAUCAGAUUUGAGUUUGAGUAAAAAAUCAUCCUUCUAAAGGUUGAGAGCACAUGGAAGCCGGAUGUGGUUCAACUGCAUUACUCUUCAGUAAAAAAGCAACAGUAAUCUAUUGUUCCCUUAAUAGAAUGUUUCCAAAAUAAAUAUGGCCAGAAGAAUCUAUUUCAGUGAAGCUGGGGUGAAAAGCUAUGUUAAGCGUUUUGGUUCUGGUGCUUAGGCACAUGAGACCUUUUAUUCAGCUUUUUGCAGAAGCACAUGAAGUGCUUAGGCACGUUAAAUCUUUUAUUCAACCAUAAGACUAAGGUUCUGAUGCUAAAUGCCAAACACUUGAAGCUUACACUGAAGAGCUCAAGUAGCAUUCCAUUCCCAAGUACAAAUCAAAACCAUAAUUGGGCUGAAAUAAUUGAAAAACUCCCUACAACUUCUGCUUUUUGCGCUUCCAUUUGUUAGCAUCAUUUAACCUAUCCCAUAACCACUUGAGUAUAUAGGAGGCAUUUAAUAUUCGAAAACCUGUUUCCCCCUCUUCUCAACUCUUUGGGGAUUUAUGUUAGUCUUGGCCUGCUGCAGUAGAAAGGGGCUGCACAGCAGCAGAAUGCAGCAAAGGCAAAAGCUGAGUUGCCUGACAAGUUUGCUAAUAAGUUGUAAAAUUUGGAAAUUUUGUUUGUGCUUCAUUGACUUUGCCUUUUCUUCAUUAAUUUGUGAGUUGUACUAGCUUCCAAGAAAACUAUGCUGACUUCUGGAAUAAAAUUUAUCUAAUAUAAUACAUAGGGUGGGAUCUAGUGGGUGGGUAUAUACCCACUAAUGCAAGACAUGCAUCAGCGGAAUAGAGAUGGAGGGAAUUUUCAGCAAUUAAUCUGCAGCCUCCCAAAUUGCUGCCUUUCUUAUACUACCGAUGGAUUCUUUUCCCAUUUGAUUGCACCCAUAGCACAAAAUAUUUUUGGGUGUAGUAUAAAAUUUCAUGAAUGUUUUAUAAACUUUGUUGUUACUUCAGCUUCAACUUGGCCACUAAUUGAACCAUGAAUUACUCACACUAGGUUGCAAUGAAUUUGAAUGAUGAGACGACCACAAGUCACCAUAAAACAUUGCAAGGCAUGCUUUUCAUGUUAUCGUCAUAAAUUGAAACUAGGAAAGCAUGUGCAUUCAUCCUUUGUAACACUAGUACAUUUUAGUCACUUUUAUAAGUAUUAAAUGAUGAUAAACAGUACGGCUAUUUUGAUCUACAAAGAAGUAAUACCUGUGUAGUAACUGCCUUUUCCUUUUCGUCAUGGGAAUCUGUCGACCUGAAACAGCCCUACCCAUCAUUUUGCUAGCCUUCAUUGAGCAACUAUACUAGUGACUCGCUUCAUUAGUAAGUCACUUCUAGCAAGAUACUUCGAGUUUUCCAAACACAGAGACAAGUCAUUCUCAACAUUCCAAGGAAAAGGGAACAUUUGCUCAGGAAACUCAUUGAUCCUUGGAAUAUUACAGAACCUGUUAAUUGAGGACCACUUGAGAAAUUAUUUGCAGUACCUGCGAAAGGAGUUCCUUUCUGGUGGCAUUUUAAACAUUAAGUAACUUACCUCAAAUCAUAACACAUUUUCAAAGGGUUUUCAUUAGACAAGGAAUUCUUCCAUAGCAUCUAUAUUUAGAUACUAUAAAUCACUGUUCAAUGUUGUGAUCCAGCAGGUAGUCAUCAGACGAAACAGAAACCAGUAAACAGCACAAGAUUAAAAGCAUUUACUGAAGCUUUUAACUGUACAUUGCUUAACUGAUUUGUAUAAAUCUGUUGCUUUUUGUCCUGUUUUCAUAUUCUUUAAAGUUUGCUAUGAGAAUUGUGUUCUUCCAGAUUCUUUGAGGAAAUUUAAGCAUAAUCUCCUCUUUUUCUGCAGUAACAGGGGGUAUUACAGAAGAACAAUUUCAAACACAUCAACAGCAGUUAGUUCAAAUGCAAAGACAGCAACUUGCUCAGCUUCAGCAGAAACAGCAGUCUCAGCAUUCCUCCCAACAGACGCAUCCAAAAGCACAGGUAAUAUUCUGUUCUGGAAAAUGUUUUUCUUCUAUUAUAAACAUGAUUCUAACAGCAGUUAUCCCUGCUCAGAGAGAGAUAGAGAGAGAAUGAAACUACCCACCCCCAAAAGGAAUUGAGCUGUUUCCUUUAAAACCGGUUCAUGCUGCACUUUUUGUCCAUAUGGUCAUCCCUGAACUGACCUUCCUCUAGGUCAGGGAUAGCCAAAGUAGUGCCCUUCAGAUGCUGUUGGAAUCUGUCAUGGGGCUGGGGCUGAUGGGAACUGGAGUCCAACAACUUCUGGAGGGCACCCGAUUGGUUAUCCCUGCUCUAGGUAUACAUGCACGUAUACACACAGACAAAUGUAUUGUUUGAACUGGACAGUCACAUACGUAGACGACAAAAACAAAAAAAAGUUCUGCCAAUGUCAUGAUGGCUCUCUGUAUCAAAAGUAUGGGUCAACUUUACUGUUGUUCUGCUUGUAGGUCUAGGUAGCAGAAAUACCUACUUAAAGGAAACAGGUUAUUUUAAAAUGUGAUUCAGCAAACAGGAUCAUUUGAAAUCAGUAAAAAUUGGACUAAGAAAUGCUUAGUUGAUUGCAUCCCUCAUAUUUUUUUGUUCCUGUGAAUGAGUUUUUAAGAACAUUUUUAUAUCUAAAUAAUAAGUGUCUCACAUUAUACACUCAAAAUAAGUAAGACCACCCAUAUUUUUUGUUUGGAAAUUAUUACAGUAUUGCUGAAAAUUAUUUGGAAUUGUGAAUUCUUAAGAAUAAUCUCACUGCACAUUAUCAUUGUGAAUUCUUAAGAAUAAUCUCACUGCACAUUAUCAUUGAAGCUUUACCCCCACAACCACCACACCACCAAAUGUCUUCUGUAGCUCUUGGCAAGCAGUAUCUGAUGUAGCAGGAACUGCUACUGUUUGGGGUGUGGAGGUGUUGACAUCCAAAGGAACUCUUUCUAGUUUCAGAACGGAUCAACAGAAUUUUGAGCUAAUAGAGGUGUGGAUGAAAGGCAAAGAUACUCAUUUAUGGUCUCUUGACUCUGGGGUAUGAUAUUGAAAUGUAAUAACACUGAGUUGGAAUCAUAUUUUGACUUUCUCUGCCUGUUAUGAGACGCACACUGAGCUAAUGCACCAGCAUCUCCUUAUUAGUCCAUAAUUAACAAUAAUUGUUUUGUGCAAAUUCCCUAGGGCUCAAGCACCUCUGACUGUAUGUCAAAAACGCUUGACUCGGCCAGCGCCCAUUUUGCUGCAUCUGCAGUGGUGAGUGCACCUGCUCCCAGUCGCAGUGAGGUGACAAAGGAACAGAGUGCCAGCCACAAUAUAAAUGGUGUUGUUCAGCCCACAGGUAUGGAUUUCUUUUUUGUUCUUAAAUCAAGUAAGAUUUGCAACAAACUGCUUGAUGCUUAUUUUUAGUGAAAUCAAAUGAUGGUUUGGAAACAAACCUAGGAAAUAAAUGAGAAUUUGUUCAUUUGAGAGUAAAUUUGUUUUAUCAAAUGGACAAGGUCAUACUUUCACUGUGUGUUUUGUUUCAGCCACACUUUAGAGAAGUGAGUGGCUGCCUCUGUGUGCCCACUAGUGCUUUGAUCCUUCUUACUAUCUGCACUCAACUGUGCAAGCCCUUUCAAAGCAGUUUGGCAGAUCUUAUCCUCAGCUUAAACCUCCUUUACCAUUUUAAAUUUUUACAGGCUUUGGAGGGUUAAGCAAAAGAGUUCUGGUGUUUAGUUCUAGAUUAGUUUCACAAUGACCUCAAUUUUCUUGAACGUGUUAUUGUUUAUUCCUGGAAGUCUUACUGUAUAUGUGUGUUUGUGUGUUUGUUUUGAACAGCAACGUCAAAAACUCUGUACUCCACCAACAUGGCUCUGUCAUCUAGCCCAGGGAUCUCAACUGUACAACUUGUAAGGACAGUUGGCCACACCACCACAAACCACUUAAUCCCAGCAUUGUGCACAAACAGCCCUCAAACGCUUCCCAUGAACAAUUCUUGUCUCACCAACGCAGUGCACCUCAACAAUGUCAGUGUUGUUUCUCCAGUCAAUGUACAUAUCAAUACAAGGACUUCAGCACCAUCGCCAACUGCCUUAAAACUUGCCACAGUUGCUGCCAGUAUGGACAGAGUGCCAAAGGUGACUCCUAGUAGCGCCAUCAGCAGCAUAGCAAGGUGAGUAUAUAUAUGAACAGAGAAAGAGACAGACAGACAAUGUUUCAGAUCAGGAUUUUAAUGUGACCACCUCUGCUUUUUAUUUUUAACAUAAAAUUGAAUUGCUCCCAGAUCACAUCCUACAAAAGUAUAAUUUUAAUUAUAUUCUGAGCUAAUUUGUUCUGGUUUUGAUGGUCAUGGGCAGGUGCAGGGAGCUAUGAAGCUCCACCCCCAGUGACUGUAAAGUUUAUUCAGUCAACACUCCACCUUCUGAAGUUUCAGGGAAAAUCUGAAAAUCCACACAUUACUAUCUGUGCCUUUUAUUUUCCCCUUCAGUAGUUUUCUGUAAACUGAAUUCUGUUUUCAGUUUCACAUUGUGUGCUUCCGGAACUGAAUGUACCCACAAUCCUGAUUUUCAGUUAAAUAAUCGCAUGUAAUGAGAAGAAAACUUUUUUUGAAAUGUUACUGUGGAAGAAACUUAGACUGCUUGGUGAAAAUAUUGAGGCUGCGAUCUUAUGUCCAUUUAUCUCUGAUAAGUCCUAUUUCUGUGACUUCUGAGUAAACCUGGAUAGAAUUGUACUGUGAGUUUUCAUGUGAUAAGAUUCAUUUCAACUAAAUAGAACUUUGAUGAACCUUUAAAUAACAUCCAGUAGGUAAGUUUUUUUAUUUUAAAAAUCUGGAAAAUAAACAGUAAGAUUUUCAGUUAAUUUAAUUUGUGUUUGUGUUUAUUAUUUACCCAUACAAUAAAUGUGGAAAAAACACUUAGGAUAAUUAAUUUGCCAAAUAUUGAGAAAUUAACUAUUUUCCUUUUAUAAACACAUUUUCAGAGAGAACCAUGAACCAGAACGAUUGGGGUUGAAUGGAAUAGCAGAGACGACAGUAGCAAUGGAGGUGACAUAACCUCAAAGCAGUGGCUCAACCUGUGCUAAUGGUGUAGUCAUUUAUAUUCCAGCUGAAUGCAAAACAACACCCUGUGGAUCACAGGGAAUUAAAAUGGACCUAAAUGGACUAUCAUAUCGUAUAUUAAGUCGAUAUAUAAUGUACAUUUUGUAAAAUUGGGAAAAUCACUACCUUGUAAAAUAGUUUAUUUGUAUCAUCAAUAUUAUUUCUGUUACUUGAAUAGUAGAUAUUCAUCAUCAUGCUUUUGCACUUGAAUUUGCAACUGAAUGGAUUUAAAAAUAAUUCUUUAAUGGGAUCAUGAGCAUGAAAUGGGAUCCUGCAUCACUUGUUUUAACUAUUUAUUUUGCCAUGUUUACAUUUUGUAUCUUGUAAAAAUAAAUCCAACUUUGUGUCUAAAAAAAAGUUAAAAGAUUCAUAGCUAGGAAAAAUUCUUGUAAUUUUUUUCUAAAGAAAAUGUAAAGUUUUCACUUGGUUCAUUUUGUUUCACAAUUUUAGAUGGACUUUUUGGUAAAUACUUUAGUGGCAUUUCACUGUCAAAUAUGAAGUUCAAGGCAAAAUAGUAUUUUCUAUUACUGUGCAGGGGAAAGGGAUGGAUCGAUACAUGCAAAUUUAAUGUAGUAACCCACUUUUCCAUAUAUUUUGAAUGUAUAUUUCUAUUUAUAAUACCAGUUUAUAAAAAAUAAUUACACAGAAAACCUGACUAGUAAAAAAUUAUGCAUCUAGCACAUAUUAAACUGUGCAGAUAUGAAGAAAAUUUUCAACUGAUUAUAUUUUAUCUGAAGUCUGCAUAAUUUAACCGGCUUUUAACUGUAACACACCACAUAAAUGAUAUUUUACCAGGUAUGUAUUGCAUUAUAUAUCAUUGCAAUAAUUAUUGGAUGUCUAGAUAUCGAGCCAUCCCAGGUGAUGGGGGAGGGGGGAGGGUUGUGGCAGAUUGUCUUUCAGUUUUGGAGAGUUUUCCUGUGGCUACAAGGCAAGUAACGGGUUGGAAAAAGUCUGACUGUAAGCGUUGGACACCUUCGUAGUGUAGUGUUUUAGUGACUUUUUUUAUACGGUUCUUGUAAAUUAGAUACGUGUAGUGGUGUUUCAGAAUGUUUGUUUAUGCACUAGUUCAGACAACUUUCCCUGUUACUUGUUCUUGAUAAGUGAAAACUGCAGGGAAAUAAAAAUACAUAUCAAAACAUGGGCACCUUGCAUACGUAUUUAUUUCACAAUGCGGAGAACAGUUUGCAUAUCAUAUUCCGAGGUUGAGCAUGUACACUUGCACCUCCAUCCAGCAACACAUAGAAGCUUCUCGAGGCGCAUGACUGGUUGGAUCAUGGAGUGCAUGUGCAGAAGGUUGCUGCAUGGAGCUGGAUCUCUGUAUCCAGCACUCGAGGCUGCACGUGUGAAUCCCAACAUUGGACUGGUACCGUGUAGACAUCAUUGAACAAAUAGUGCUGUAAAAGUCAACUUGGUAGACUGUGGUAAACACUGGGCAUGUGCAGAACUGUGUGGGCAACACACGGCAGCAUGUGCCAAUCUCUUCAUUGGGGCUUGAAUCUGUUUAAAGGGGCAAGUUUUCCUUCAUUUGUAUCGAUGUACAUUAGUGCAUAUUGCACAAGUAAUCCCUACCUCAUAGCUGUAACUUAUGCUGCACCUGCUUUUGCAGAAUCAUCUAAAUAGAAAUUUACUACUCGAAUUAUGUAUGUGGCAAAGAAAACGACAAAAUGCUUCUCUAAUUUUAAUUGUUUCUGAAUUUAUAUUUUUGAAGUGAGACUGAACAUAUUUAAAGUAACAAGUGACAUCUGAAUUAGGCUGCCUUUAGGUUUUAUUAUAUUAUAUUACAUGGUUUUAUGUUGUGCCUCUUUUUUUUUAAAAAAAAAGUAUAAAUCAUGUGUGUAUACCAUGUUAUUAAUAUACUUCCAUCAGUUAUUAUAUAAAGAAUCGUUAUCUGUUCUAAAGUAAAAUGCAUUGAGCCUCUUUGCUUCUUUGCUGCCAGAGUUUUCAGAUUGUCUAAAAGUAGGAGAGAGCCAGAGGACAUUCCCCCUCUUGGCAACUAAUAAACUCCUGGAGUUUUUAAAACAUUGCAGAGAAGGAAAGAAAAGGAUUUGAAUGGCUUUUUCUCAGAAGAAUUUUCAGCAUAUAUGUUAUCCUUCCUCAUGCUUUUGUGAAGAUUUGCUUGUGAAAAAAGGUAAGAAGUUAAUGAAUAGGUGACCCAUGCUUGACGGCUCCAUACAUACUAUUGAGCCAGUCUAAAUAUUGGAUAUUGGGUAUAGGAUAUUGUUUGUUAGCAAAAUAUAAAUUGUCCUGAAGAGCCUACAGAAGUACUGAACGUGGCUCCUCAUAUCUUCCAAAUAAAACUGAACAUCUAACCGCAGUUCAAGCCAUGAAAAACUGGUAUAUUGAGGUCUGCUUUUCCUUCAUUUUAUCAGUCUGAAGAAUCACUGCUAAAGAAAGAACCAAUAAUUCAAAUAUAUCUGGAAUUUUGGUUAAUACUCUGUGGGCAAAGGGAGAAAUGAUGGCACAGCUUCAAGGUGCUUUUCUGGUAACCAUCCUGUUUAGUAGCAGGAUUUGCAUCACUUUCAAAUCAUACGCUCUAUUUCGCAACUUCAGGGGAGAAUUCCAACUGUUAUGUAGACAACGUGGCAGCAGCUGUACACAGGUACCUGCAGAUUAGGGGAACAUUGAGGUUUGCAGAAACAGAAAAAACAGGCAAAAACUAAGGGGCGGGGGAGCCCUCAUCAACUCAGUGGUAUGGAGUGCUGAGCAACUGAAUGAAAAAAAUUGGCAACCAGGUGGAAGGGAAAUUGAAUGAAGU